AUGAGCCUACUGGGGAAGCCGCUGUCGUACAGCAGCGGCCCGAGCUGCCGCAGGAACGCCAAGUACCGCCGGCUGCAGAACUACCUGUACAACGUGCUGGAGCGGCCCCGCGGAUGGGCCUUCGUCUACCACGCCUUCGUGUGAGUACCGACCCUCUCCCCUCUCCUCCUGUCCCGUCACGUCCCGCCCGUCCCCCGGGUCGCCGCCCGCACCUGCCCCCGGCCAGAGCCGCUUCCUCACCGCGUGCACCUCCCUCCUCCCCCUCCGCUCCCCGAGCAUCGCUCUGCGGCCGUCGGCUGGUCCACGGGGAGGACAAGUCCCCCGCGAGUCGCGCCUCAAGUGCCCGGGAGGCACCAGCGGAGGCGGGGUUGCCGCUGCCACCUGCAGCGCGACGCUCCGCGGGCGACGGAAAAUCCGCGCAGAUCUCGGUGGGAGGUGAUGGAAGGGGGAGGCUCGGUUCAGCCGACAGAAAGGGCCGCAGGAGAGCACGGAGGGGAGCACACGCUCGCUUGUCUCCCAGGCGUUUGAGGCAGCCGGGUUGCGCAGGGCGUUACGCGGAGGAUUGCGCGGCGCUCCCGCAGCGGCCGCCCCGGCGACCCCGGAGUUAGACGGGGCGAGGAGUGCCGGCAGCGGAGUGCCGGCAGAAGGAGUCCCCGCGGCAGCGGCGGUGACCCCGCCGAGCGUUUCGCUGCGCAGUUUGAAAAGUUAGCGCCGUGGAGCGGCACGGCGCGUUUCUCCCUCCCGCGUGUUUCCCGAGCGCUCGUGGUUUCCGCCCCGGCGGGAGGAGUGCGGGUGGUGGCGUGGGCCGCGCCGCCGUCCCACGCGUGUGCUCGGCGCGGGAUGCGGCCACCCGGGUGCGCCCACCUGCCGCUGGCAGCGCCGGCGCCGCCCCCGGGGAAGGGCGAAAGGAGCGGCUCCUGCACUUGGCGGCCACGCUCGCUUCGCCCCUCCGGUGUCUUCUCAUUUCUGCGCUCUUUCUUUUAGCGAGCGACUCCUUCUGUCGCGGUCAUUCUGCAAGAGCCGGUGACUAAAACACGCGUCCCGUCACAUCUCUCUGUGGAGAGCGGUACUGUCACCACGCCGCGAAACUUGUGCUGCUUUACUUACAGAGACUGGCCUGGGAGAGCUGUGUGAGUGCGACCUGAGGCUGUAACUGUUCCCCAGGGUCAGUGGUGUUCCUUAAUUCAUUAGCACUCCCCUGUUUUUACCGGUUUUGGUAAUAUUAGGGAAAGGCCUGACUCAAAAGCAUUUUGGAUGGCUGAGCUAGAUGGGCGAUACAGGCUGGUGAAGCGUCAUUUCACUGGAUCAUAGUCCUAGAUGAAAAUGGUGUAAUAAAGAAGAAGGAUGAUAGGUAUUACUGUAUUGGGGAUAUAAUACAACGUAUUUCUAUGUUAGGCUACAGAAAAUGUAUCAUAAAUAAAUCAGAAUAUUUAACCGAUAUGCUGUAGGUAAAUACAUUUCCAUGGUAGUUGCUGGAAUCCAGCUAGUGGUUACAGCAGCUUCAGUAAAAAAGCAUCUGUUCCCUCAAAGCUGUUUGAUAGCAUGAAGAGUGCUUCUCUCCCAGCAGCAGGGGAAUCCCCAAAUCCUACUUUAAUAGAAGUUUUUAUAAGUGAAAAAAUACUUUGACAAAAACAUGGCAGUCUUAUUAAUAGGAUACUUUGUGUAUAGAUCUAUUUAGUAGAUCAAAAUUGCUGUGGAUAACAAGCAACAGAAAUGUACUUUAUGGUGUAUUUUAUUCACUAAAAGGAUUUUCCUCCACUUAGAAGUUCUGCCAAUUCUCUGUUUUAUUGUGAAAGUAAACUCUUAGAGCUUGAACUUUCUUCUUGGAGGGUGUUUAUUUGGUACACUUUCCUGUUUGGGUUCUUCUAGGUGUUAUCCUGCGGUGUAGAUGGAUGUAAAAUAGUGUUGUGAGAAUCACCAAAGUAUUUACUAGGAAUUAUCUUGCUGCAGUGCCUGAAGUUGCUAUGCCACACGUGUAAACUGCAGUUUUGGACUUUUCUCUUUGAGAUCAUGAUGAAAAUAAUUAAAAUGGGUAAAGUUCAAGUUGGAAAUACAGUUGACAAGUUUAAACCUAAAAAAAAUGUAAAUUUCCAAACAGAGUGAAGUCAUGACACAGCAGCACUGUAAACAAGGAAGAUUGCCAGCUGCGUUUAGAUAAUUGCCUACAUAGAAAGAGUGCCAGUUUUAAUUUUUAAUUGCAAAUGGCAAUUUUGGCAGCUGUAAAUGCCAACAUUAUAUCUUUUAUCUGAGCAGAUCUGUGCGAAAGAGCUUGAAACAUUACUGUGAUAUAAAGGCACCUAGUAAUAAUAUUACCUUUAACGAUCUGUCACUGCUACAGUGUUUAAGGUGCAUUUGAAGUUCCAUUGGAUUUCAAUUUGACAGCCAUUCUCAUUGCCAGCCUAUAAAUUACUUUAAUGUAUUUAUAUAAUUCUGAUUUAAUGGCUGCCAGAGAUUUGGAUAAUAUUUUUGGUGUUUCAGGCUCCAUUUUUUCCAGCCACCUGAUCAAAUACAAUUGCAUCUUGGAAAAUAUACUUUAUUACAGUACAGAACAAAACUGAAGCAAAACAAAACAGGACUACUUGAAAAGAAGUCUUAAAGCAGACAAGUAUCUUAGAGUUGCAAAGACAUUACUAAGUACAUGGAUGAGAUGUCUGCUUCUACCUCUGCUAAGCUAUUCUUGACUGCAAUAGAGCCUGUUAUAGCUCUGCACUAUUUCUGUUACAGGAAUGGGCUGUCUGGUGUGAGACCUUCUGUGUAGAUCACUGGUCUCCUGAAAUGAGGCUCACUUUGAUAUGCAGGUUAAAAUAACACAAGGUUGGUUUCAGAGUUUCAAUUUGAAGUUUUCAAUCUAGAAGUUUACUUAGGUUGCCUGUUUGUUUUUGAAAUAAGAAGUGUGGAAUGAAGUGCCAGUUACAAAUAAGAAACCAUCCCUGCAGCGGUAUUUCAAUUUCUCAUUUCCAUAGGGAAAAACAGAGCUGAGAGUUAUGCACAGUUCGUUCUUCUUUUUUACUUUUUACCAUUUCAAGUAAGACAGAAAUAUAGGCCAGCCACCUGAGGAAUGAGCGUUGUGACCUACAUUCAGAAGUCAAUUGGUUAGUUUAUUUCUAAGUAUAAACUUGCAAAAUGCUGAAAAAGGCAGAUGUGCUGCAAACUUCUGCUACUAGAGGGAGGAUUUACUCUUGAGCAAAGGAUGUUGACUUCAGUAUAGUUGUUCUGGGGAGUAGCUCCAUAAAUUACAUGUUUCUUGGCUCCUUCUUGUGUAACUCAGUAGUUCUUUAUGUGGAAGCCCAAGUUAAAAAUCUAAGAUCUUUACAUCAAGUUUUUGAAAUAACUGCUUUUCAGAUACCACAGUCUUCUGUUCUUAGUCAUCCAGGAGCACCAACACUAUGAACACUUACGAAAUCAGAAAAGAACAUUCGUACCGUUUGUGAGUAAUGAGUCAGUAACUUAAACUCCUGCUAGUAAAAUAUUUAUGCCACACCACAUAACCUACACAUGGAGCAUGUGCAUAUUUAACGUGUGCACAUCUACAUUAAAUUGCUGCGAUAUUGUAACUUUUCAAAAGCAUUGUCUUGGGAUGACAUAGGGUUUCUUUCUGCUGUUGCUGUUGUUGUUUAUUUAAAUUAUUUUGGGUUGUUUGGUUUGAUAAGAAUGUGUAGACAUUGCCUUACAAUGAUCAAAGGGGAAUUCCAGAUUUGUUGCAAAUUUAACUCUGGGUUUCAUCUCCAGUUGUCAUAAGGUUUUUGUAUUAUUUUUAUUCUUAACUGACAUUCUGAAGAAGAUAUGGCUCGAAGUUGAGAAAAAAAUACUACUUUCUGAUACUGUUUAUAGUGGCAGAAUAUAAUUAGUCGCAUAAGUUUCCCAAUUUAACAUGUUGGAUUUAUUUCAGGAAUAAUAAAGUGUCUGUUUUUUGCUGACUUCUUUGUAAUAUAUCCCAUGCAAAACUCUUCUAACAUUUUUUUUUUGUGGAGAUGUCCUUCUCUUUACAAAGCCACCACCUUUUGCUCUGGAAGCUUCUGAAUCACAAAUCGCAGGGCUGGAUGGGUGCACAAGGGCAGUAUCACUUUGCAUGACCUGUACUGAUAGGUUUCCACAGGCAUCCUCUGUUGGCCACUGCUGGAGAUAAGAUACAGUGCUAGGUGAAUUUAAGAGCCUGUAUGAUGUUCUUCUUGUCCUUUGCGUUAUUGAUGGAAAAAGGCUGAAAAAGUAUUUCUGAAAAAAAAUCUAAUGAUGCCAUCAAAGAUUUAACCAGCUAUUUUAGUUUUCCAGAUCUGCUGGAAAGGACAUUGCUUACUAAUGAUCAGAUGGCUAUUGAACAGCAGAGUCUUUGCAUGUGAGCUAACAGCGCUGCAUCAUAGGGUGCCAUUUGUGUAAUUGUGGAGAUUCACAUUCGGAUUAAAAAGCAAGAAUGUGCAACAGCCUCAAUACUUGCUUUUUGUCCUACUAUCAGAAAGUAGGAGAAAUUCUUUUAUCUCUGUAUUUUAUCUAUCUCAAGUCAUCUAAUGAACUAGUUCUAGGUGCUCUCUGGGUAGGUUUAUGGCUUUCAUCUUUCCAAGCACCAUUUCAGAGUCAGGGUCUGAAGUUUUUAUGGUAGCAAUAUAUUUUUAUAUGCUAUAAAAACAAUAGCUUCAUAUUUACAAAUAACAAAUAAUAGCAUUGACAACAUAAAUCAUAUGGAAAAGCAAAUCUUCUUGGGUACUAAGGAGAUAAAAAUUUGAAACUCUUUAACAGCUAAGCUUUAGUAGGCAUUUUCUUUCAGGACCUGACAGUGAACAACAGUGGAUAUCUAGUUGCACUUCAGUAUAAAUCUGCAGUGGUUUGCUGCAUCUGAGGCAGUUUGUGAUGCUAUAUGCAUGCAUAUUUCUCAUUUAAACAUUGUUUGGAAGGGCCCUUUGGAAGUCACACAGUACAACUAGAAGACACACUCUUCCCAGUCAUGUCAGCCAGGUUCUGUCUACACAGGUCAUAAACUUCCCUGGAUGAAGCUCCCAUCGCGUUGCUGGGUAACCUGCAGGGCUGCAACACCCACCUGUUAAAAACAGAGGGGUUUUGGCACAGGGAGGGAAGGACGGGAGAGCCAACCUGAACCUCACAAGUAGCAGUUUAUGUUCAUUGCCCCUUUAUGUAUCAUCUGGCACUAGCAAGAAGAAUUUGACUUCUGUAUCCUUGUAAUUUGCCUUCAGGUAGCUGUAGGCUGCUACCAGGUCGCCUGUCAGAUCGCCCUCUUAUUAGACUGAACAAGCUCAGCUCCUUCAACUCAUGUAAGACAUGAGGUCAAGACCCCUGACUAUCUUGGUUGCUCUCCUGCAUCUCUUACAACUUCUGCAUAUCCCUGUUCACCUGGGGAUGGAGGCACAACUGGGUGAUGUAGUGUGAGGCCACGUUGAGCAGAGGAGAAAAAUAACUGUCUUCAGCCUGCUGCCUCACUCUGAUGUGGUUGUAUGCUGCUUGUCUUAUAUUCAAUGAGGACAUACUGAUGGGCUUGUCCUCAACCUGCUGUGUCCACAGGAACACCAAGACCCUUUUCAGUGGGGCUGCAGCCUGAGCAGCAGGUUCCCAGCGUAUUUGGAUGCGUGGGAUUAUUCUACACCAGACGCGGAUCUCUGCUUUUCUCUUAAUUCUCUUAAUCAUGUGUUGUAUUUUCUUCUGUUCAGUCACUAUACACUGGCCAGAGAAGUGGAAGUACAGCAGUCUUUAAAACCACUUGCACUUUGUCUGUGAUUGGCAAAGAAGAUAAAAUAGUCAGCAGCACUUCAUUCCUUCUCUUUCCUGGUGUUGUUCAUGGACAGCAGUCCUCUUCUGGAACCCUGUCAUGGUCAAGAAAUAACAUCUAGCUUCUCUUUUUCACUUGGUUUUUGUUGGAAAGCUAUUGCCUACCUCAGAAUUUUCAGUAGAUAAGUAUCAGGAAUGUUUAUCAUGUGAUGUAUACUUACCUUAGUAAAAUACCAUUUCUCAUUUCAUCUUUAAAGGGUUGGUCUACUAAGUUUUCUCAUUCGUACUGACCUCAAGAGCAGUGAUCCAGGAGAAACAACUAAUUUGCCAUAAAAAUCAAAACUAGUCCUCAGCCUCCUAGAAAUAAGAGAACAAAAGGCUUUAUUUGGGAGAGGGUCACCAAGAUCUGGAUUGGGGAACAUUAAUGCACAUUAACUUUCUUCUAUUUGUCAUCAGGUUUAUUUCUGAAAUGGGAUUAGGAAUCAUGUAUAGGAGGAUAGUAUUUUAGGUUACUGUUUGGGCUUCAGAUUUUUAAACACAUGUACAGCCUUUGAAGGCAGAGUUUUCUCCAUCUUUUCUCCACCUUAAAGCAAGAAGUAAGUUAAGAACUUUCUCUGUAAUUAUAUUUUUUUUUCUGUAAUUUUUUCCUCUCAUGCAAAAAACCAUGCAAUUAGCAUUAUAUUUGGGAGUAAGAGUCCUAUCUUACAUCUGUUUUUCUUGGUGUGCCAGUCUUGGGUAUGACAUUUCUUGUCUUCCUUAUUGAGUGAUGUGGGGACCCUUGCUGAACUUUCUGUGGUCUCAUAUGGUGAGAGAAGUUGCCCUAAAUUAUAGAUUUUGUCCAAGGGUCAGGUGAUCUAUGAACACAUAAUGUGGCAUUAAAUAUGUGCUGUCUCAGAGUAGUUCUUUUAGAGGAUACAGGGAAGAUUUUAGAAAGAUUUUAAUUGCCUGUGAACCAGGAUUUGUGUGAUGGGUUUUCCAAGUAGGCUCUAGACAACAGCUUAAUGAGCUACACACCUUUUUUUUCCCCAGUACUGCUUGCUGUGAUCUUUGAUUUUUUUAAAGCAAAAAUAAAAGUAAUUAUAUCUACAGAAACUUGAUGCUCUUUCCAUGCUCCAAAUAUGACUGUAUUUUUAAUAGCUAUUCACCCUGUUUUACUGUUGUUGCUUGUAGCUUAAUUAAGUUUCUGAAUUGGGUGAAAGUACAAUUGAAGUAAUGUUUUUGCAGUAAUUGCAAAUAAUUUCUAGCAUCAACCAAAUGGAAAAACAAUGAUAAUUUAAUAAUUAAUAGUGAUUUUCCCAUUAAUGAGAGUAAACAUUGUUAAUAUAUUUACCAAUACUCAUUAAGGUGCAGUGAAAUUUUUCAUAAUAGUUUUAGUGGAAAGGAAAAGUACCUUAUAACUUUAUUAAUCUGUUUAUGGAGAAAAUUUAUAGAAGGAAGAGCAUUUAUUCCUGGACAAUGUAAACUCCUGCCAUUGCAAAUAAAACUCAUUGUUGUAAGGUAAUUAUUUCAUAAUAAUUCAAAGGCAUAACGUAAGUGCCAAGUGUUCAAUAUUUUUAUAUGGUUCAUAUUUCCAGAAGUUCCAUGUCACCAUAAAUGUCUGAUGAAAAUUAAUGGAAUUUGCCACUGAUUUUAAUUGAAGCAAAAUCGAGUCUUCUGCACACAGGUAAAAAAGAUGGAGUAGAAAACAUAAAUAAUACUAUCUAAUGAAAAAUCUUUAAUAUGUGUACAUAAUAGACAUCAUUUACUGCAUUUUUACUAAUGAGGCAGAUGUUUAUUGUUACAAUAAGUGUUGCUUUUCCCCUUUGCAAACCAUCAACACAACAGAGCAUGCAUUCUUGGCUUUUUAAUUAAUGCUGGUGUGUUGAGAUUCACUGCUAAAUAUGUGUUAUGUAAACUGUACUGAGUUUGGGGAAACUUUCUUUUUUUCUCCUUUCUUGUUUUCUCUGAGAGAUUUUUUUCAAGUUUGCUUUACGGAUUUCCUGUAAGAGAGCAGAUGUAGAUUACCCAAGGGAUUGCCACCACAGGUCAGUUGAGGUUGAAAAUUCAUCAGCUGUACAGUUUGUCAAUUGCAAAAUAAUUUUAAUCAGUUGCUGUGCUCAUGUGCAAAGUAAACUUCCUUUAAAGAUAUUAAUUAAAAGUUCAAAGGCUGUCUUACAGGUCAGCUGCACUUAAUCAAGAAAUAUUUUCAAUUUUCUGUUGAGCAGCAGAUUUACCUUGUGAUAGCUGUCUGAACUGCAGUGUAAUUGCGUUACAGGAAGCUCAGCAAACGUUCAUCAUUUUGGGCACUGAAGUGUAGUCUCAGGCAGAGGCUUCUACUUGAAAGACUAUGUGAUCACUUCUUAAUAUAUGCAGUCUGGUCCAGUGCUUCAGAGGUGGACGCAGUCCUCCAGCUAGACAUAUCUGAAUUUCUCUGCUUGGCCUUCACCCAAGAAAAUCUUCAAACAUAAGUGCACGUAUUUUCCUUGACAGUGGUGGAUAUAAAUAUGUAUGUAAGCAUUUUCUUGAAGAGUGAAUGAUUUUCAAAGACAUGGAGUACCUGCAGCUUCCUUUCAUUAUUGUAUUGUGCAUUCAAUGGGUAAUUCACUUUUUUCUCCCCACUCGUAUAGAAUGAAGUUUAACAAAUGAAUCAUGCUCUUAAACUGAUUAGAAAUAAUGAAGAAAGGAAGUUCUGUAUCUGCCUAGUUCUUGAUUUAAGCAAUAUAUUCUUGUUUGUCUUGGCUUCCUUCUUGCUUUGAGACUCCCUUGUUCAACAAAGCAAACAUAUUACACCUUUCAAGAUUUUUGUGGAGUUGUAAUUAUUUUAUUGUAGUCAUACCUGAUAUCAGAUGGUAGCAACAGACUGGUGCCAGGAGUCAAAUACAACCAAACCAAGAGAGUAAAAACUUUCUGCUUUGAGAGGAAAAAAAUGCUCCUAAACAUAUUCACAUGCCUCCCUAGUUCACUACUGUCUUAGAUUAGAAGAUUUGCACACACCCUUUUGAGGUCAUUCAGUCAGAAAUAGCAUCUAACUUCUCCUAGGACAUUAAAUUUAAUUGCUUCGUACGGUCUAAGCUCAUCCAUAACCAUGGUAUCUGCGAAUUACCCAUUAGAAGCAAAUGCACAAAUCUUCCUCUUCCAAGAUCUCGUGGCAGGAGUGCACUUAAGAGUUACUGCUAGGGCCUUUCUAAACAAGCAUAAGGAUCCUGACAUACUUGAGAGGGCCUUUUGUGGGAAAAUUAAGAUGAAAUAUUGGUUUGGAUGCAUUUCUGUAAGUAGUGGGGAUGGAGGGCCCCUGAUCCUUGGCAGUGAGUUUGGAAAUGUAGGUGGGUCUCCCCAGGAGACAAGUCUGUAUCAGUAAGUGUAUCUUUUCAAUGGCAAAACUUCCACAUCAUUGGAGAAUGACAGGUGAUGGCUCAGUUGGAGCUGACGUGGCGAGGCUGGAGUGAUGUCCGUGCUGCAGCCAGGGCUGGUGGGCUGGUGAUGUCCUCUUGCCGUCAGGUGGCCCAGCACUGGAGAAGAGGCAUUGCCACGUUGCCAGAAAAUCAGGCAGCGCACUCAGCAGCUUGAGAAACUCUUUUACGUCCAAGUAAGUUAUGCUGACUGAGGUUAGAAGUAGCCUCUAAAAUCAUUAGGAGGAAAGAAAUCUCUAUUUCUGCCCUUGUCUUUGUGCAGUUGAUACUUCACUGGAGAGUCAGUUUUUUUCACCAGCAUCAGAUGAACCAUUGCCACAGGAAGUAGCACAGUCUUGCUCUCUGCAAAAGCAUGUGUAGAGGUGGCAGGAAAUGCAAAGCAACUUGUGAAUGACGUACUUGCAGGUAUUUGUGAAAUGGGGAGGAAAGAAGAGACUGUGCUGGCAGUUAGAGGGUUUUUCUUGGACCUGUCCCUCAGGGCCAUCUGAAUUGCAGUUGGGAGGCAGAACUUAGCAUCACAGAAUCAUUUAUGUUGGAAAAGACCUUUGAGAUCAUCCAGUCCAACCAUAAACCUAACACUGCCAAGUCUGCCACGAAACCGCGUCCUUAAGCACCACAUCUACACAUCUUUUAAACACCUCCAGGGAUGGUGACUCCAACAGUUCCCUGGGCAGCCUGUUCCAGGGCUUCACAACCCUUUCCAUGAAUAAAUUUUUCUUAGUAUCCAAUCUAAACCUCCUCUGGUGCAACUUGAGGCCAUUUCCUCUUGUCCUAUUGCUUAUUACUCAGGAGAAGAGACCAACACCCACCUCUCUGCACCCUCCUUUCAAUCUCCUUUUCUCAUGCCUUUGCCCCCACCUACUUGUUUCUGCUGGAAAUGUUAAUUACAUGUUCAGUUUUUUGUUUGUCUGUGUUUUUUGUUGUUGUUUUUUUGUUUUUUUUUUCCAAGGAUGUUCUAGCUGACUUCCUGUGCACCUGUCAUUUAGUUGCAAUAAGUAUGCAUGCUCUCAAGUUAUUUAUUCAAUUGCUAGUCAUUUAAUCAGUGGAUAUUUCUCUUUUUGAGAUGUCCUGACUGCAUCUGUAGACUGAAGAUUAAGCUGAAUUUAUCAUAAAAGAGGAACAGCUUUGCUGAUGUCUGGAGGUGUUGUAAACUUUUAUAUCAUACAACAGUUUGUUCAAACUGACAUAUUUCUUUCUCGUUAAGCUUAGAAACAGUAGAUUUCAUUUGUUGGUUGGAGAUACUGUCUGGAGGAAACAGCCUUCCUCAGAGGUUGCUCUAAUUGCUGACUGAACUUGUGAUUUAGCUUCUGCAAAUAACCUGAUUGCUGGGGUAUGGGAAUUGAGAAGUUACUGUAGGCAGUGAUGAGGCAGGUGAUGAUCUUGAAUUAUAAAUACUCUUUGCAAGAAAUUUUCAUUUUCAAUCUGAAAAUGCUUGUAGACAUACUUUUUGCUGAUAUUAUUAAUAGUUUUGGGCACUUACAUAGUAAUUAGUAGAAAUAAUCAAACUAAGCAUUGGUAAAAACUCUGAGUAAGGGAUGAUGGUAAAACCCCAUCUGAAUUAGAGACGUGUUUCUGAAGCUUAUAAAGUUAUACUUGAGAAAUUCUUCUACGGAGAGAGGAAGACCUAUCCUGAAGUCUUUUGAAACUACUACAUUAUGUGUGUGUGGGCACUCUGCAUGAGAUUUUGCUGUUUGGAGAUAUUACGUAGAGAGAGUUGUGGUGGAUUUGCAGAGCGGGAGUGGUGGAAACAAAAUCAUUCAGGUGAAAGAGAAUUUAUGAAUGUCUACUUGACUGUAACAGUACUUGACUGAUACUAGAUAUUACUUUCAGGUUAGAAAUGUGUUCAUCUUAUAUUAAUAAUAUGUUUUUAAUUAACAUUUCCCCCCUUUUAUCUGCUUUCUUUAGAGAGAAAGCUGAAGUACCAGAGUGAAUCAAUUUAUUUGAUUUAUGUAUAAAUAAAACAUGGUAUUGAUUUUUACGUUUUUCUUCCAUUGAGGUCUUGACCCUGUGUGCAGACCUGAGGAAAUUAUCAGUAAUAUUUUUACUACAACAUGAACAUUUUAUUCACUACCCGAUUAUGUUUCUGAUUGCUUUUCCUUUGGUAAAAGUUUAUGUAAAUCUCCUUGCUGAGACUGAGCCUCAGCUGGUUUAUUCCCAUCUGGGUCCACUCUUUGCUGGGCCUUCAGUCACUUUUUAGCUGGUCUUGUGGGUCAUUCGAUGGGAAGGGAUGUGGGAAAGGAUGCAGUUGGGUCAGCACACUGCAGCCCAGUCUGUGACCACCAGCAUGGCUACAUCUACACUUGGAAGAAAACCUGAGGAAGUGCAUCAGAAAUUCUAGUACUUCUGAAUACCCUUUUGCUUGGUGACAAAUACAAUCCCCAGGGACUUUUUCUACAGGAAGGAAUUCAGCCAGUCUUAUUCCUGUCCACAGAAUUUCUCCUUGAAACCAUAGUUGAGUUAAUGAUAUCCAUAAAAUAUUGAAGACAUCUAAAAAUAACAUAAUAUAAGAUUAAGUGUUGUUAUUGCUGUUCUUCAUUAAUAGGAAAGCUGGAACUGAAGUAGCUGUACCAAACUGAAGCAAAGUAUCACACCAGUAAGUGUCAGAAGAGAAGUAUUUACUUGGAAAAAUCCUUUGCCUGAUGUUGCUCUCCAGUAUUUUUUCAUCUCCCCAUAUCUGUAAAUUACCUCACCACAAUGAAAGGUCACGGCAUUCUUUUAGCUUGCCUUUAUAACCAGCUUUAGGAGUUAAUCUUAACUAGUAUAAUGCAUAGUGACUGAAAGUUUGGAUAUAUUAAGACAGUGCAGUGACAUUUCAGAUACGCUCUGUGUCUGGAAGAUAAAAUUAACUAACAGAGCACUCAGGAUUUAGGAAAUACAGUUUUAUGAAAUUUUGAUUGUGUUUUUCAGGUUUAUUAAUCCCUGGCAAAGCUGUAUUCUUCUCUGUCUUAUGUGUAAAAGAGGCAAAUCUCUGUGAAAUAAGACUAAAAUGAAAACAAUCCUGAAUGAAAACAUGAAGAGUUGUGAAGAUUUUGAAGUCAUUUAGAGAAGAACCAGUCAAGAAAUGUGAAGUGUAUUUUGAUUUUGGGAAUGAGAUAAGUCUAUUAGGGUGGCCUGAUUGUCUCCCAGUACCUCUGUUUAGCAUCCUGCAAUGAACCAGUGUUUGCUUUCAUUGCAGCCCAGUGUGUGUCUUAUGAAGACACAGGAUAUCUGCCGUAUUCUGUGUGUCGUGGUGGCUCAGUGAUAAAAUUCUGUCUUUCAGCCUUGUCUUUAAAUAUGAGGCAUAGUGUGAUGGGUGCAUGAUGCUGCAGGUUAUGCUGUUCCAAGUAUGGACCUGUGGAUUAAUUACAGGCUGAGGGCUGCCUUGCCUACCUCUAGAGGGUGUGCAGGUGACGGCGACAAAUCACUGCACAUUCAGCUCAUACUGUUUUCUGGCAGGAGGAUAAAACUGGUGUCUUGCAGUCUUGCCCUGGGAAUUGCUUGUUACAUGUUCUAAAAAGUCACUACACAUUUUUGGUUUUAUUAAAAACAAUAAUUAAUGCAGAAUGCUGGAGAACUGUUAGAAUACCUUGUGAAAAUGGUGGCACACCCAGCCACAGCUCUGCAGGAUGUCAUUCAGUAAUCCGCAAACUUCAUUCAUGUAACAAAUGCAGGAAAUGCAAGUUCAUUAUUAAGUAAUACCAAUUAAGUAUUUGUAUGAAUUUUGUUCUUGGGUGUUCUAGUUAGUUAUCUGUCAGUGUCUUAGAUGCUCUGCAAACAGUGAAAAAUCUUUGCAGAAGAAAUCUAUCUUUUGGAGUAAUAUGGAAAUAAUAAUAUUGGUCACUAUCACAGGCAAACGUCAGUUUUCCCUCUACAUUCAUCUAAAUUACCACAGACAGUGUCACUGUCUUUUAUUCAGGAUGGUAACCCAGGCACCAUUGUUGAGAUGGACCUUUAUCAUUCCUAAUGUGAUUUAUGUCUACCUAGUAUGUCAAAGGUGUGACCUGUCUGUCGCCACAGCUCAAACUAUCUUUCAAAUCCUUAAUAUUUUAGUUCUUGCAACCCGAUUCUGCCUGGACUCGACAGGAUGCUCAGAGUGCUCAUCCUUGUGACUAAAACCCCUGCCCCUCAGCCCAGAAUUAGCCCCUCUUACUGCUUAGGGAGAAAGUUAUUUCUCUUAAGUUCCAAUAGCUGUAAAAAGCAUCUGGCUAGUUAAUUUUUAAAACUACAUUUGUAACUGACUAUUGGAAGCAGAAAGUCAACUUCACAUGAUUCAUGAAGAGGAAAAAACGAACACAUGAAACUGCUCCUUUUUGCUAGGUCUGACAGCCCCAGCAGGUGUGAUAGAAAUGCUGUUCAUUCAACAACAAGCUACUGACAGCAGCAGAAUAACAUGGGUGCAUUUCUAACUUACUGCAACGAAACCCGUCUUCAGUAAACCUGUAACUAAAACUGUGGUGUAUUUUUUUCCAGUCACCUUUUUAAAGUGACACUUAUUUCGGCUGUCACAUUAGCUAGGAAUUUCAAUGUAUAAUGAUUUUAUGAACUUUAUACAUCAUGUGGUUAAUGAGAGUUUUGUUCCUGCAUUGUUUGGCUUUGUCUGAAGAUAAUACUGAGUUAAAGAAGUGUGUGGCAGGUGGAAGAACAAGCAAAAUGGCAAUACAGCUUCCCAGCACAUAGCAGGGAUACCAGGAUACAGACGAAUUAAUGGUGGUAAAGAUCACCUAGUCCGCAAACUUCGUUCAUGUAACUUCAUUCAUUCAGGCUUUUUCUGAGGUUGGGAGCUAAAAAAAAGCAGAUAUUAAGUGGCCGAUGAAGAUUACUAAGAACAUGGGGAAAAUAAUCAGUGGGAUGCCCUGGGAGAACAGACUUAUAUCAGUCUCAUGGGUUCUUUGAAACAGGCAGUUGUCAAAAUCUUCGGGCUUGACAAACUUUGAGAAAGUGAAACAUGAAUUGCAGUAGUUUGUUCAUUUUAAGGCAUGUUUUUGUGAAGCUGUGUCUCUCAAAACAGACUUCUGCAUCUGCAUCCUUUUGCAGUCUGUAGUAUGGAGUGAAGAGGGACUUAAUGCACUUGAGCUAGUUUAAUUAGUUUCAACUGGUUAUAUUGCUGUGAUACGAUCACUGUGUCUUUUGGGACAUUCUCUCAAAUUUUUGAAGCCUUGUAUAAGCUUUGUGCAAAUUCUUCAAAAACAGGGGUAAAAAAUAAGAUUUUUGCUUGUGAUCUAGGAUGUAAGAGCAAUUCAGAUCUUUGCAACUAGAAGUCUUGUGAACAUCUAGAUGACAGGUGUUUAAAAUUGACAUCUGUUGUAUCUAGGUAGGCUGAGUCCACUGUGUCUGCUGUUUCAGUUAUUCAUUGGCAAUAACUGGAUAAAGCAAAUAAGACUGUCAGCUCUUUUAUCCUGAGGGAAAAAACACAACCACCACCACCACCAUCAAACAAACAAACAAAAACUGGCCGCUGCCAAAAACAACAAACCAAACCAAACACUGAAAAAAACAUGUUUUGGGGUUUUUUUGUUUUUUUCUUUUUUCUUUUUUUUAAAUGUGGAGAGUAAUAGCAAGAUUUUUAUUCUUUUUCCAAUGGAAAGGUGAAGAAAAGCUUCUUUUUCUUCUUAGUAGAUUUCAGGUGUUUUCUAAAAAGCCACUCAAAGGCAUCGGACUUCCGUUUGAGUGGCUUUUUAGCUUCUCCACCAGUCAAUUUUUUCCGCCGUUGGUUGUGCCGAGUUGGUUUCCUAAGGGACUAAUGAUCUUUUCCUACUUCUGUGCUCUCUGAUUAACUCAAGUCUUUCCUCAGAGGACCAUGCAGUUGGGACCUAAGGGCUUGCUCUAAUGGUCAGCCUUGGAAGAGGAUCCCGUAGACAUUGCUGAGGGGUGAAAAGAGCACAGCUUUUAUCACAGUGGUUUAUUUCCCUUGAAAUUUCAGCACCAUUCUGGCUUUCCGAAAUCUCUGAUGCAUUCAAGCAUGUAGAUGUUUACAGAUAUAUAUAUAUAAAAUGCUGACAUACAUUGCUGUCCCCGUUAAUAAAAGCAGAGAACAUGAUUUGUGUUUGGUUGAGUCUAACAGUAAGUAGUAGAUAGAGAAGCCAUGCCUGGCCAAAUCCUAAAGCUGUUUAUUACCCAUUAAUUCCAGGUUCAAUCCAGUACCUCUUACUCAAGCAAAAUACUAGUGAAGUAAUAGGAUGUUUUAUCUUUGUAUUCUUGAAUUUUCUAAGAGUGCUGUGUAAUUAAAAAGAUAUAUAUAUAUAUAUAUAUACUUCAGGUUUCUAUCAGCCCUGUCUCGUCACUGUCUUGUGCAGCCUCGUGAGUGAUCAUUUGUGCUGCGUGGACUGAGGUAUGUUAUACAGUAAAUCACCUGCGGCUGCAAUGGAUCGCAAUAUGCUGUAGACAGUGUUUUUAGAUCUUUGUGUUAACAAUUUGCAGAGAAUAACAGAGACUCUAAGUGCAAAAUACUUCUCCUUGAAAAGUAGCCAUUAAAAUGCUGCCACAAAAGUAACCAUAGAGUUUGGAAAAUGAUAUGGUACAAAAUAAGGUGUUUUGCUUUGUACAGUUUUAUUCAUUUCUGAAAACGAUUGUUCUUUUGCAGGCAUGGAAAUCUGGAUAAGUUCCUAAUCUAAAAUCAAUAGGAAAUACUUCAGUUGUUGAAAUAGCUCUUAAACAUAUUUUAGUUUGGUAGGUGAUUGCAUAUUAUGUUUGCAGCCCCUGUGCAAAGCAGUUUGCUUCAUAAUGAAUACAGAUGAAGACUGUUCUUUGUAUUAUCAAUCUAAAAAACUCCAUAUAUUCAUAUCGUGCAGUUGAUGUCAACUUGCCACAUUGCUUGGAAUUUAUUGCCGCAUAGUUUGACACAUAGCUAUCAACUAGAAGAACUCUUUGCAACUCAAGCUCAAGACUUAGCACUUCUCAUUUAGAAAAUGACCUUGCAAGUUAGUCAAAUGACUGGAUUAGCAAGGUUAUAAUGGUUCUAUGGAACAGCAGCUGUUAAUGGAAAGUUCUCAGUAUUGGCAUGGAUCACUUACUGGUUUCUCUAAUUGCUGUCAUUGCUUAUGUAUACAGUGGUUAUCAAUGGCUGUAAUUGCUUUAUAGUUCUCAGGCCAUUCUCUUACUGUUAUGGUUAAUUUUUAGCUCUCUUAAGAUUUAGGCUGAAAAUAUCUGAGGAUUAAUCUACUAUUUUCUUUUGUGCUUUGUCUAGCAACUUCGUGUAAGUUGCUAAUUAUUAAUAACCACCCUUGGGGUAUGAAAACAAAUAUCCUAAUGUUCUCAUCAUGAAAUAUAUUUUCCUUUGAAAUCUCUGGGACCAGAUUUGGUCCAGUUGAUUUACACUAUUUGCUUGCAUAGUAUUAUGAAAAAUAAAUUAUAACAGCUCAACUGCACCCUCCAUCCCAGAGAUGUUUCAGGGUGAAGAGACCUGGAUGAGCAUGGGUUUUUUGAAGGCACCUGGUCAGUUGCCCACCUGUCUUGGACCACUGGCAAAAUACAGCACCUGAGCUUACCUUCUUAGCUUCAGGUUUAUGACAAAGUCUCAGCAUGAAUUUCUACUUAAGUCUGGUUUUGUACCAGUUCUGUGUUUGUCAGAGACAUUAAAAGAAUUAAACCUGGCUGGAAGAUUCUGUCUACAGAGAGGAAUGAUUAUCAAGUGAAAAAACUUGAUUUUAUAAAGGUGGUAGAUAACAGCUGGCAAUCAAAGAUAACACUUCCUUAUUACACUUACCCUAAUUUUAUGUUUAAUCCUGUUCUGUAACAUUCAGUUUAGAAUAGUUGGUCCUCUGACUGCAAUUGUGUGAAGUCGCAGUUGUGAUGAUACUCUUGGCAGCGCAGGGGACAAGUACGACCGUGAAACUUGUUUCCUGUUGAGAUCUUCUUCCUUGCAGUGUGGUGUGUGCUGAUACGUUACAACUUGCAGCUUGCGGUGUUUUAUUGCUUAAUUUAACCAUAGCUUUCAUUUCUUACGGUUUGAUUGGUUGGCCAAGCACGCAGAAAUUCUGAGUCAGAUACACCUAUUUCUGGAUGCCCAGUAUAAUUAGGUGCAGCCCUGAAGCAACACGUUUUGUGCAACUUUCCAGGCACACAAAAUGCAGCAACACAAGAGGUGGUUCAAAAACUCUGUUGAAAAAAAAAAAAUAAUGCCAUUGAACUUUAAAUUAUUAUUGUACUUGUUCUGAUAAGCCUCUUGGUAAUGAUGAGCUUCUGCUAUUUUUUUUUCCUUUUAUUUUUCUUUGUCUUACUUUUUAAAAAUUUUUAUGGCUUUGAUACAUUUGAAAUAUGCCAGAUGGACAUAACUGGAAAUGUAGGUAUCCUGUAUAACCUCAGAGUGGCUAUAUACAACCAACAUUGCCAUUAAAUUCCACAAAUUCCUUUUUUCUGUAGCCUUGUCCUGGGGCAUUGCUGUUGAAAGUGAGUUUUGUUUCUGUAGCUUGUGUAGUCUGGUUUGCAUGACCAGCCUGCUAAGAAGUUUGCUAAUUAGUGGUACUGUGGCUGAGUGCAUGGUGCUGACUGAAAAUGGGACUGAAAGCAGCAACUUGUAUUCCAGAGGACACAGGAAUUAUUCACUGCUGAUAAUUUUUGGCUCCUAACAAUUGGGUGCGUCUGUCACUAGGAGAAGGAAGCAGUUUAGCUAUAAUUGUAUUACUGAAAAAGGAAAAUUAUCUGAGAAAUGUUUCCAUAUAUUUUAAGACUAAAAUUCUAUUGAACAGAUAAGUAUUAACUGCAUCAGACAUGAUUAUGUGCUUAAUUGCUUGUGUGUAAAUAAUGGAGUAAAAUCCUUAUGGGUAGUAAUUGAGACACACCUGGGAGCAAUUAAGUACAGAACUAUAUAGUAUUGAUUUCCUUGAAAUACAAGAAAUAUAUCAAUACUUAUGGCACAAAACUGCAAAUAUUGCCUCCUAAGAGAACUAGGUAGAAUUUAAAGCCACAGGGAAAAAACUGAAUUUGUUAUGCACUUUUAUAAAGAAACCCAGAAUCUACUUUUAGUCUUUCUUUAGAUUUGUUAGACUGCUGUUGUGGCAGUUACUUCAAAUCUGGGUAGUCAGUCUUGAAAUCUAUAGUGAUGUGAAUACUAGGUUUUGAUUGCUAUGUUUUUAUGUUCAUGGUUAGUUAGCCUUUUUCCCUAUUGUGUAUCUUAAUUAUUUUUUUUUAAUAUAUGGUCUUUUGACUCUUGUUCAUUUAUGUUACUAAGGAUCCUUUGCAUGAAUUUUUUUGUGGAACCCUAAUUUAAGAUUAAGAAUACUCUGUUUAAAAUAUAAAUAUUGCAAAGCUGUACUAAAUAGUUAAAUUUAGAUUCUUCAGGUUCUUUUAUUUAAAGUACAUUUUAUAAUCCAGUUAAGUAGAUCAUAAUGGUGAAUGUAUUCCCUAAAAUGGCAGUAAAUAGCAUGGGCAACAUCUUGAAUACCAAGAGAGGAAGAAUUAAGUGACAUUGAAGAUGCAAGGAUUGGACUUAUAAAGCCAAAGCUGAAAUUUUGGGAAAUUGCUGUGGUAUUUUUCAUUUGUAUUUAAAAACAGAAUAAAUUAUUUUUGUAAAGGUACCAUUCCAAAACCCAUACACAGUAUGUUUUUUUAAAUAAUCUUGAUGUAAAUUAACGUUUAUCCCUUGCUGUGUAGCUUUUGAAACUUUGACAUUUCCUCUAUGUUUUAAACUUUCUCUUCCUUUAUCUGAUGUUUCUUCCUUUUGACCUAGCAGCUGUAUACUGGAUAGGCGCGCCAGUGCAAUGUGAGCAUGUUUAAUUCUUGCUUAAUGUAUAUGCUGAUUUAUUCUUCAUGCUAAAUGCAUAUCAGAAGUAGCAUCAAAUGAAUAAAUUCAAAAAAAUUGCACACCCACCUUAGCGUGCAUCUGUACAAUAGGCUUAAAGCUUUUAUAUGUAAGUAUAUAUGUAUGUGUGUACAAACAUGCUGUUGAAGGGAGCAGCUCCUGAUUUCAAGGUGAAAUGGUGCAAACCACACUGCCUAGGGCUAACUUGUACCAGAGUUGACGGGCUGCAUCUGCCGUAUCUUGUACUUGGCCAUGGGCCUCUUCUGGACAUCAGAUGGUAGUUCUUUAGCCCUUAAACAUAGUCCAUGCAUUUUAUUGGUCCAAACUAUGCAAAAGAAUGAGAAAACUCUGUUGCAUCUCACCAGAAGGGUGUUUUUUUAUAGCACAAAACUUAAAUCACAUGUUUUAUAACCUGCCAGGUUGCAUAUGAGCCAGAUACAUGUCCACUUCAUCCAUCUCCCGUCCUUCUCCCCAAAAAUGAGCAAACUGUUCCUGAAGACAAAGAACAAACCAGAGCCAGGGGCUAAACAGCUGAAGUGUUCAGGAGUGUGGUGCCAAAGACCUCCCUCUGGCCACCUUCUCUUCAGUGGUAUAAGCGUACGUAAGGAUACCUAUAGCUCGUUUUGCAGAGCCUCCCUGGGCCAUAGUGUGGGAGGGGUGACUGUCAGUCAGAGCUGAUAGAAGAUGUUCUUUGUCUUGUGAAAAGGUAAGACUCGAAAAAUCCUGUCCCAAAUUGAAGCAAAGAGUUGGAUUUCACUGUUUUCCAAAGCAAAUGUAAAAAUAGGUCUUAGGUAAAUGCCGUGCUUCGGUGUUACCCACUUUGUACUUUAAAAAAAAAUAUAUAUUGAACUUCACUAAGAGGACUUUUUCACCUGAAAUCAAAAUGCUUCACAGACUCCUCAGCAUUCUUGAGAAGGAUGAAUAAAAUAAGUCAUUUCCUUUGAUGAAAGUUUAGAUGCUUGUGAAUUAGCAUUUUUAUUUUUUUUUCAAGAGAAAGUUUUGCUAAAAAUUCACAACCAGCCAUUUUCUCUUUUCCACUUUCCCUCUUUUCUUUGCAGAUGACCAACACGUGGAAAGGCAGUGAGACUCCCACUAGAGAUUUCUUGCUGCAUUUUUCAUGAGGAAUUCGCAGAGGGAGGCUGAUACUCUAAGAGAUGAGCUUACAUCACUCUAGCUGGUGCUCUAAGAAGCACAGUUAAAAGUACGAAGCAGAGUUGGGGAGCUGCAAGAAAGGAUGGAGAGAGAGGGUGAAAGUACUGCUGAGUACUGGUUAAAACAAUUAGAAGCUGUUAAAGUAACUGGCAAGCUGACCCCCAGCUUUAACCUUUAAUCACCACAUUCUGCCCCUCCAGAAAGGCAAAACUAUGUGAAAAGGUUGGUGAGUCUGUCUGGGCUGGUUUCUGUAACUUGGUCAGCAAGGGUGCUCUUCUCUAAAACCGUGGGAGUUGUAUGUGUAUGCAUGUAUUUUACCCUUUUUUCAGACUAGAACACUGAGAUGCAAACUGAAAGAAUGUUCUUGGUAAUACUUUCAGUUUGCAUUUUAGUGUUUUCCAGUGCCUUUGCUGUCAGGGAGCCAAGGACCAUGCAGCAGGGCCCUGUGGCAGAGCUGGCUGCAGCGGUGACUGACCUGGCACUGCACAUGCAUCUGAGACUCACUUUUGCCUUUGCUGUUAUCAUGGGCACAGGUCUUAUCCCUUAUUACUGCAAACAUAGCUCUACGCUGGGGAACAGUCAGUGUUUGCAGACUUUUAAUGAGCCAGUUGCAGCGUCAUUGUGCUGGCUGUUCCGGGGUCCACCUUUGAUCCCACUAGAGAUGCAGGUGUCCCAGAAGGAUCCAAGUAAAAUGAGAUGUCUUCCAUAUAGAAUCAUAAAACAUUUUGGGUUGGAAGGGACCUUCAAAGGACAUCCAGUCCACCCCCCCUGCCAUGAGCAGGGACAUCUUCAACCAGAUCAGGUUGCUCAGAGCCCCGUCCAGCCUGACCUUGAAUGUCUCCAGGUAUGGGGCAUCGACCACCUCUCUGGACAACCCAUAUACUAUUUGUUUACUUUUACCUGAAGCCUUGUGUACCUGAAUAACGUUUUAGAAGUCUAUUGUAUCCUCUAGCACACAUUAAAAAAAAAGUGACUCCAUAUAUGCUUUUUCACAUCUGUUUAAUUAUAAUUUUCUAACUUGAUACUUGUGGGGUUUUUUUUUAAGACUUCUAAUCAAAGUGAGCAGUUCAGAUAACAAAUGCAGCAUUUGUGGACUUCAUAGUAAUGUAUGAAAUGUCUGGACUGAUAAAUAAUGAGUGUAGUAGUACGUCUGUGUUUAGUAGUAUGAUAUAUUAAUAGUAUUUUUAACCUGUUUAUUUUUAUCUGUGCCUGAAAUACUUUCAAGAUAAAGAAGCCUUUUUAUUAUGCGACUAAUGAGAGGAUAAUUCAAAGCAAAGUUGCUGUUACAAGUUAGAAAUAUUCUUCAGGUUGUUUAACAUUUUGCAGUUCCUUGUUGAGAGAAUGCAAAUGAAGCAAGCCAGUAAGUGAAGACAAGUUGAUGUUACACUCUGGUGUUGCUUCUUUUAAAUUUGGCUUAAGGCAUAAAAUAACAGCUUGAGAAGCCAGUGCAACAACCAGUAACUUUUAUGAUUCAUUUAAAGUAGUCACAUUUUUAAGCAUGAAGGAGCUUUUUGAGGCUAUGCUUUUGAUAUUAAAAAAAAUGUUCAUAGGAAAGUGUGCCCUUAAAUGCACUUAGGUUUUUCUGCCAGGUGCUCCUGUGGAUUUCUUGGAUCAGGAAAAGAACCUAAAAACUGCAGUGGUUUUUAAUGUUAUGUUAUGAAAUACCAAUCAAGGGUCAUUCACCAUUGAGUUCUAGGAAAAAUAAUUGUUUGGCAACUUCUGUUAUUCCUUACCUUACUAGUGUCAGUAAAUGCUUGUUUAUCGAGAAGAACCACAAGGAAGUGCCCCCAGAGCCUGUUGAUUGUGCUGCAGUUGUAUCUGUAGGGGAAGCAGAUGGCUGAUGACUCUCCGCACUGCUUUGCUCUGCACUCCUGCCCACCAGCCUGUCCUGCUGUCUGUCUGUCCUGCUGUCUGCCCGUUUUCUCCGCUCCCUGCACUUCAGCUUGCCGUCUUCCAUCUCUGAUUCCUUAGUGGACCUCUCUGCACCUUGGGGAACAGUAGACAAGCUGAAGUGAAGCUUAGUGAGCAGAGGCAUCCGUGAGUUUGGUAGCUGGGAAUUUGAAGAUCCUACCACAUUCCUGUGUACCUUUUAAAAAUUACAUAAUUUAGAAAAGAUUCUGCACUUAAUAUUUCCACUAAUUAAAUUCAGAAUUUUGAUUUUUUUUUUUUUUUAUUUCUGUGGGAAUUUUCAUGUCCAGUUCAGAUCUUGAAUAUUUUGUAGUUCAAAUAAACAUCUAAAUGUUUUGAUUAAAAUGAAAAUAUGCAACAUACUGGACACAGAUUGACCCAGACCAUUUCCAUAGUUUCUGUGUUUAGUCUGUGGGGAAUGUUCGCUAUGGAGUUGGUUGGAGCUCCUUGAUAACCUGCUACUCAAGGUUUCAGGGUGAAAGAAAAAAAGGUAGCUGAUACCCCAGUGGCAUGAUUCUUCCUUUGAUACUCGUGAUGUUUCCUAAUGAUUCCCACUCUCUGCAUAUGUAGGAGAAUUGAGGGACAAUGACAGCUAACAACUCUGUGUUGCGCAUUUUGUUAAAGUUGAGGUUAAGAAGCUUGUGCUAGAUGACACCAUAUAUGAUUUUGAGCUACCACGUGGACUGCACAGGUUAAUUUUUGUAAUGUGCAAGGAACAGAAAAUGUAUAGAAAUUCAGUGGGAGUGGGUUGUUGAGGCCCCUGAAGUUCCUGGAAGUACCAACCAAAUGCAGAGCACACCUUUUUGCUGGGCUUGGUGGGACACAGGCAUCGCGGGGAGCUGCUCAUUAGCAAACAGGUAUUUCUACUGUGACCUCACUGCAAUUGAAAAACAGUUACUGCCUCACAUUUUGCAAAGGUAUUUGGGAGCCACAAACUUAAUUCAUUUUUAUUGAUGAAUUCCAAGGCAGUAUUGGUUACUCUCUUCUCCAAGCACCAUUCUUUGAAUAUAAAGUUAGUAAUUAAAAAAAUGCAAAAGAGGCUGGAUGAGUGGAGAAUUAGUAUGAUUUUAAUUAACAGGUAGCUCCAUAAGCAGCAGAAUUAGUAAAACGUGGCAUUAUGUUUCUGGAUUUUUUUCCCGUUUUGGUGCCUUAAGGUGAUCAGAGCUCAAUCUGACGCUUUUUGUUCAGUUGUGGCAUUUUGUAGGUUUCUCUCUUGUGCAUUUCCAAUGUGCAGUGAGGCUGCGUCGCACGCUGCACCUUCUCGCUGGCAUGGGGUUUGCAUGCAGUUUCUUUCCAUUGCCAGGUCAGUUAUAUUCAUUAAAUAUGUAAGAAGGUAACAUUUUUGAGAAUCCUCCCCUUUGUCAAGUCUGAUCAAAAUCAGCUACCAGGUUGAAAAGUUGAUUUGCGUUGAGGAGGGGAGGCUGGAGUGUAGGAGCAUGCACACAAGCUGCCUGAUUGCAGAAGUCUUGUUUCCAUAAGAAUCCAGCUCCAGUGCCACUGCUGGCCUGUCUGCUGCUGAAGAGGACUAAACUGACCAUAUUUCCAGAAGCACACAGUAGCAGUUCAAGACUUUGUGGCACUUUUUUGAGAAUAUGCUUAGUUUGUCCAGGGGCAGCUGACUUGAAUGAGCAGUAAUAGUAACACCGAAUUUCUUGUGCCGUAAACAUGAGUUGUGCUUAGCAAGGAAAAGAUGAGUCCUCUGUCUCAAAGGUUAACCUAAAAAAAAUGCAAAUCACAACAUAUUAAAAUUGGCUUGUCACUUAGGUUUCACCCAAGGUCUUUCCACGGUGAAUAAUAACCACAUUCCUGUUGAAUGAGAGUUUUCCUGGAAAGAUAAACGUCAGGUACCCCCACGCCUAUUGCUUAAUCCCUGUGGACAAAAAAGGUGCUGAAUGUGAAGAUGAGAAAUCACACCGUUUUUCUUUUACCAGCCUGGAGAGAUGUUGAUGUUAAGCAAUGAUGGUGCUUUCUGCAUAGCUGCCAGCAUUUAGAAGUGUUAUCCAAAGAAAACUCCCUAAAUAAACUGGCUGCCCACUGGGCUGCAAGGAGUGAAUAAACAGAGAGGGGCUGCCAAGAAGGCAGAGUACAGGGCCCUGCUUGGACCAGGCCAGAUGUGUGGGGUGGAUGGAGGAGCUGUAGGGGAAAGGGGCUUUGCACCUUCAAAAGCUUCCAGAAAUGCUCUUACUCCUUGGGGAGCUGAUGCAACCCUGCUGUGGGAAGUACAGUAAAUUAGAUUGCAGAAAUACUUGAGACUGUGUGGGAAACAGAAAAAAAAAUUAAAUAUACUCGAUAUUUUGUAUAGUAAAAGAACACUUGAACAUUUUUCUUCUCUAUCUCUUUGCAUAAGCCUUCUACUUUUUUGUUACUGAAUUGUAUCUUCUUUUUAUUGAUUUGGAAAUGAGGCUUUAUUAAUCUUGAAUGGAGACUUUCCCUUGGGUAACUGUUCUUUAGAAUAACAGUUUAGUUGUUAGUGUUUUAACUCCACUAAAUAAAUUGGUUUUGGAGUAAAUUAUUUUAGUUUUUAAAUCGGCAUGUUUUAACAUCAAGUGGUUUAGAAUGACUUUGCUGAUCUGCACUACACAGAAAAUGCAAUAUCUUGCUUCAGCAGAAUAACCUGUAGUCAUCUCUCUUGAUUAAAUUUUGAUCAAGGCUGUACACGUUGUUAAUUAUUAUAGUGUCAUUCACAACGUUGGUGGCAAAAAAAAAAUCACAUAUUGGUGGCGAAGAAGGUUCCAACCAAAGUGGCUUUUUUAUUUUCAUUUCAUGAGAAUUAUUAGUUUAAAUUCUCUUAUUUUCUUCUACUGAUUUGUCGCUGUAACUGAGAAUAACUGAGAAAUACUUUUUCUCUUGUGUUGGUGUUCUCUUUUGUUUUUUUUACCCCCAUAGCUUUAGCUCCAGGAGAUUCAAAACUAGACUCUUGUUUAGAGGGUACAAAACUAGCGACAGCUUUGCAAAAAUACAAACAAUAAAAACAACAAAAAGAAAAACAACAGAUGGGAUUAAGUUACUGGUCUGAAGUAGGAGGCACACUUCAAUAAUCCAGAAUGACCAAAUGCCUUAGAAACAAGAUGCUUAAUGUUAGAUACACAGGCUGGCUGAUUAGCAAGAAUGAAGAGAUUGAGUGUAUGUGAGCAUGCACUGUGUAUAAACUAAUUAAGUUCUAAACUGAAUUUAAAUGUAAGACUUGAUUGGCAUAAUUCACAUACCUGAAGUUCAAAAAGCAGCAGUAUUUUUGCUGCAUCCCACCCCAUGUGUUUGAAUGUGUCAUGUCUACACGUGCUGAGUGCCGGGAAGUUGGCAACACGACAAGGCACAUCCCCCUUCAGGGUUCCUUCAAUGGCUCAAGAUUGUCUGUGUCAAAUGAAUUAGAUGAUACCCGCUUCUGGGCAUGUCUCUACAUCACAAAAAACGCCCAUUUUAUUUGUCAUAGUUGGCAUGAUGGCUGAGAGCUCUAGGCAGAGGGGUUAAGAACUGGAGUUACAUGGAAGCUGAAAUGCCAUUUUCUUCAAGAAAACGUCAUUGAAAAGCUUGGAUGGAAAGGAGGCUCUUGGAAAGAGGAUGCUUAUACUGGUUUUGGUUGGUUUUUAUUUCUUUUUUCCCUCCACUAAAGGAAAAAUAUAAUCACAUGUCUAAAAUAAAGGAGAAAAACAAGCAACUAAGAACAAAUGCCUAGCAUUCCUUUUUAUUCUACACAUACUUUCCUUGUCAUUUUAAUAAGAGAAUACUGACAUUUUAACUAGCCAGUUAGUAGCAUUUUGGAGAUACUAAAGAAAAUAAAUUAAUGACAGAACAUCUGUUGUUUAAUCAAUAAUUAUUUGUUACAUACUGAUGAUUUUUGAAGGACAAGAACAGUUUCUGAAAGACUUAAGUAAAUGCCUUGUCUUUUAUCAGCAGUAAAUGUGCAAGAAGUUAAACUCUGUGUCCCUUUUAGGUUUCUAAGAUUUGUAGAGUUGUAAACAUUCUAGCAAAAUUGCAGAAUGCCAACAGAAUCCUAUUAAAAAUAUUAUUCUAAAGUUCUUUAUAAAAACUUUUUUCCUAUUUAUGUUUUUAUUGGCUCUCUGUAGGAUAUGGGUUCAUAACCCAGUCAUAAUCAGUUCCACUCUGAAAUUAGAAAUGGGAAUAAAGCCACUUUUCCACAAGUUAGAGAGUAAAUGCUGGUUUUGUAGCAGCAAAAAUGCAACUAAUAAUGGUUCUUUCUAAAGACGUGAAGUACACAAGGUGAUGCAUAAAAAUGGUUAUCUUGAUGAAGUGUGGUAAGUCAUUAAAAAAUAUGUUUCUAUCUACAUCUGUAAAGUAAAAAAUCAGCAUUUUGCCCACUUUAAAAGUCUUGAAUAUUGAAAACAUACGCCAAUAUAAUUUAUAUUUUCAGUUAACAUUUUAUAUGCGUCUACCUCUAGAAAUUUCUAGGGAUUAUUUAAUGUUGUGGACUUCUAAAGCAAUUUAAGCUGAAAACAAAUACAAAGGAUUGUGGAGCAGCUGUUAAAUUAUUUCUUAGAAUUCACGGGGUUUUUAUUCUUGGAAUAAAAACCUGGAAUUCAAGGGAACUGGAAAACCAGAUGGAUAUGUGAAUUCCUAUCUUAACAUGCCAAACUAUGAUCUUAUGGGUAUGCUUCCUGUGUUGGAAUAAGUUGUAUUUGCAUAUUCAGGUUCCUUGUUUAGACAAUAUGGAUAGAAAUACUCCAGUCUGGUUGUAUUGUAGAGAAGUAAAAGAUGAUAAAUUUGAAACAAGUGAUUUUUUUGUGUUUGUAAUUCAUGUUGAAAAUGAAAAAGCACAAUCAGUGUGUGAAUUUCUGUGCAUUACUGAGCUGGGAGCUGUGCUGUGCGGAGAACCUUUCUAGUAGGUUUUUUGCAAGCUUGUCGCCCCAACAUGCAGAUUAUUGAGGAAGGGCUUUGGUAGUGUCCUGGCCAAGGACAUUGUUCUCUGUUGGUUCCCUUGGAGCCUCUAUGGCAGCAAGACACCUUUGAAAGAGUCAAGGGCCAGCAGUGAUAGUUUGUACACCAUAAAAAAAGUCAUUCCUGUCUAUGUAGAGCUGGCUGAGAUUCAUGGGUGUCCCAAUGGGCUGUAGUGUUGACGGACCUGAACCCAAACUCCAGCGAGGGGACUCAAAAUGAACUUCCUUAAGAUUAAACUCUUGCAGUUUCCACUUCUUUGUAGAAGGAUAAUUGCUGCAGGACCCUGGAGAAGAAGUGAUGUCCAGCUUCUAAUCUAUGACAGUGCCAUAGAAGAAAAUAUUUGCUCUCAAGCAUCUCAAGGUAAAUCAGUCAUUAGGAGAAUAGUGUGAUUUGAACUAAAUUAUGUAUGCUGAAAUACUUGGAAUCCUUUUGUUUUUAGUAUCUAAAAAGUGUAUACCAGAGCCAAAAACACUGUCUAAAAGGACUAAUUUAUGGCAUGUUCAUCAGUGGGGAUUAUGGAGAUUAUGAUUUAAAAAUUGUAAAUAGACGAAAACGGACAGACUGUUGUGUAGUGCUUGGAUAUAAUGCAUGUAUCUUUAGGCCGUAAAUCCCAGUCAGAUGCAAAAAGAUCCAUUCAAAUAAAGUCAUCGUGCCAGUUAAUAAUUUUUAUAUAUAUGUGUGUAUAUAUAUAUAAACAGUAGUGUUAGGUGAUGUCAGAGGAAAAAUUGUGCUUUGUGACACACUGUAUUUUGCAAUAACCAAGAUAUGCUCACAUUUGAUAUAUGACAGACUUUGGGCUUUAUUCCUCUUGACUAUGUUGGUCCUUUGGCAAACUUGAUCAAAGAAUCUGUUUCAGAAUAGUCAACAGAACCCCAGGAGCUCAGGUGAACUGUAAUUCUUUGCUAGGUAAUGGCUAAAACCAUUUAAAGAAGGUUUGAACUGAGAUUACAGCUCUGGCUCGAAGCUCCAAGCAUGCUGAAUGUGGAAAAACAAUAAGGAGAAGAAGGUCAGUUUGAUUAAAAACAUGAUGUUUUUUGCAAUUUUAGUAGCAGAAUAUUGAGUACUAGAACAGUGGAUAUUUGAGACAGCAGAUGUGUGCUAUUGGUAGAAAUGCUGGAUUCAGAUAAAAUUGUUCAUUGACAACUAGCAAAUAGCUGUGCGGAGGCAGAGUGAUGUUUGUGUGGGGUGCUUUGGCUCACUCCUUUAUCAAGAGAAGGUGCUGAUCUGCAUUGCAUGGUGCAGUGUAAUGCACCUCAGCUUCCUUGUUUGCUGGUGGGAUCUCUUCCUGCCGCUUCUCAUAACUGGGUGCAUUUCAUGAUAAUGUUCUUUACUGAAGACAGUAAAAUCGGUUCACCUCAGUAACCUUUGAGACCUCUUUGAGUAUGGUCUACUUUUUGUCAAAGUGCAAAUUUUCAUACGUUCUAUCCAUGUUUCCUCUUUUGAAACAUUUUGUGUGAGUCUUGUAGCAAAACCACUGUAGCUGUUUCCUCACUCAGAAAGCCAUGUGUUAAGUUUUAUUCUUCUCAAUAGGGACCACAGUGACUAUAUCAAUUUUUUCAACACUCAUUGAUAUUCACAACCCCGGAUUUUUAUACCCACCACAUUUUUUCUUCUAGGCAUGUCUCAAUCCUUUCACUCUUCCCUGAGUUUCAAGGCCUGUUUGUGCUUUUCUGCCUCUCUGUUUUUCUUCCUUUCUUACAUUCACCAGGGGCAUCUCUUUUUCCUCUUAAUGGCUCUCAUCUUCUUUCCACUUUAUUUUCAGGAUAUCUUAGCAUCAGUAGGCAGUACUUGGGUAUUUUGCAUGUCAUUUAGUGCCAUCUGUGCUAGUGAUGCUCGCUUUUGUAAGCUUAACAUGGCCGAGAAGAGACCUGCCAUAUGGCUUUUGUGGGUGUCCGUUGAAUCUCAGGCUUCUUCUGCAGGGACUUUUAAAUACCAGGGAAGAAAUUGGAGGAGGCCAUUUAACUUAGGUAGGUAUGGAAAAAUUUACCCUGGAGUAAUAGUGAGAGCGCUACACAUUUACCAUCAUUUUCGUGACUGGCAGCAAGUUUUUCUCAGCACUGUGAAAGAGUCCAUGCCGAGGAAAAGCUGAUGUGAGCCCCAGUGUGAGGACACUGGAGCAGAGGGCUCCUUCUUGGCACAAAGUGGGCUUAAAGCCUUGCGUUAAGAUGGGUGCCUGCUGUGAGCUGCAGCACGAUUCACAGUCCAUUUAUACUCCUUGGAAAGACAGCAGCAUAACUUAACUCCUGCCUUGAUGUUGAGCAGACAAAGCGUGCAGAGCAUGUUGCUGGAGAACGGCAUAAAAGUCAGGGAAAUUCGGCCAGUCCAUUGCCAAGAAAACAGAGACAGUUACCUUCAAAGACCAUGGCGAUUGCUUGUCCUACCCCCUCCUCAGCUCAUUUAUGCUGUGUGAUUGAGUUAGCACUUCUCCAUAGCUCGUUAAGUAUAAUGGUAUUUAGCAAUAAUUAGAAGUAGUGGCUGUUGAUGUAAGGGAGAUGUUAGCGGUGCUGUGAGCGUGGCUGCCAGGCCUGUACCUCUGGCAGCACAUUCGUUCAGCAACGUUGAACCCUGUCUCAAAAAAUAAAACAAGAGCUCUGAAGUACAUCCUGCUACUUAGUCUAGUAGCUGCUAAAUUUGAACCUGACACUCUAUUCCGAAUAACCAAAUGGCACAAAUUGGCAAAUGAGUUAAAACCAGACCUUCCUGCGUUUUGUGUUUCUUAGGUAUACUGAAACAAUUUCUUUUCAAAAUAAGGAAGCUAUCGUUGAUUAAAUAUGACAUACUAGGGCGUUAAGAAACGAAAAAUCGGAGUUUGAUGCUGGGAGCAGACGUUGGCUGCGUUGGCCCAGCUCUGAUGGUCACAUGUAUGCUCAGCUUGGUCUUCCUACACCUUGAAGCUCUUGGCUUCAGCCUUUGGGUCUGUUGCUUAGCCCACUCUGUGUGCCUUGUCAGCAGGUUGUCAAGGUGGCAUCCAACAACUGGGCUUUUAGCAUAUUUCCAAGAUAAAGGAAGUUAUGAAUUCCUAAAAGCUGUCACUGUGUACUCAAAGUGUAGUAUAGGUGUGCCAGGACAGCUAAACCCAAGUUUAGUUCUCUCUGAGACGAGGUAUUUAUUCCCCUUUUGUACUAACAGAUCACACCAUACAAGUCCGAACAGGAAAAAUGAGUCAAGGGCAUGUAAAAUAAAAUCAGAAAUCCUCAGUAUUUGCAAUGUAGUUAUGAGGAACAUCCAGCAAAUUGGCAUGGUAGCAUCACCCAAGUUGUAUAUAGAUCACUGUUUUUCACAUUAUGGAAAGUCAUGCAGUUCCAUACAAAGGCUGUACAUAAUAAAAGAAAACAAAUGACAGGGCACACACAUUUCAUAUUCUGGGAAGAAAUAGCAUAUAUAAAUGUUAAUAUAAAUGUUAAUCAUGUCAUAUACCCCAUGCCAAAGGGGUUUUGGAUGCUGGGACGAUUAGACUAUGUAAAAUCAUGUUCAAAUUACAGUAGAAUUUAUAAAAUGACGCUAAUGAAAAAUUAGUGUUACCUGUCACAUAAAUACUUGCCAUAAUGAAUGCAGAUUGUGAGGCUGGAAAAAUAUCUUGCUUUAGAAAACAGCUUUCAAUACACGGUGAGGCUAAUAUACUGUUCCUAAAGAUAAUAUUUUUAAAAUGAAAACUUUGUUGCUCUCAUUUCCUAUACCAUAAAUGUCAGUUGAAAAAAAAAUGUUUUUCUUCAUCUUUAUAGUCUUUCAGCUUCAUUACAUUUACAAAAAGAAAUCAUCAUAGCCAAAUUACUAAGAUAUUUAUUCUUUCAGUGGUGGAAAAUUAGAUUAAAUGAACAAAAAAUAUCAAUUCAAAUUUUGAUGUGGAUUCGUGAAACAGUUGAUGUAGAAUAUCUACAUUUUCCCUGCAUUUUUAAGAAAUUAUUGUAGAGUACGAAGCAAUAUCCUUGUUCCUUUGAAAACUGGGAUUGUAUUUUAUAGCUUUUUUUAAGGAAAGUUAGAUGCUUGUUAAAUCAAUCUAUAUUACCUUUCCAACUGUAGGCAAUGCCAGCAAUGCCAUCAGUAGCACUUCCUGUAGGGAAAUAGGCUUUUUACCCUUGAGUUAGUUCUGGGUCAGUGUAAAACAGAGCAAAUGAAGAUAGGUAGGUACAAAUCACAGCAGAGAGUUACUGGAUCUAUAGAUAAUCUUCCAAAUGUUUUUGGGGUCAGCGGUAGAUGCAUAUUUGAAGCUUGUGCUGCUUCUUUAUUGAUAUUGUGACUUUUUAACAUGUAUGGGGGGCAGGUUUAAAAGUUAGAUGUUCAGCAUAAUCACUUUGUCAUUUCUUUCCUCUUGGAUUAGAGCUGCACCGUUAAAUUGUCCACUACUGUAGUUUAAUGAGUUGUGUGGGAAAGAUUUUGCCAUUAAAGGCUGAACUGAGAGCCAUAUCAUGUCAAGGGAACAUAUUCAUCUGUGAGGAAUACAAAAGUAUCACUGCUAUCUGAUAACUGGGCAUUUUAAACAUCAGUAGAUUAUGGUUUUGAGUGUCAGUGGAGCUAGACAUUUUCAAAUUGAGCGGUCUGGUUACUACACUGAAAGCUUUAGAGGUGGCCUCUGCUCAAAAGCUGUGUAUACUUUAUAAUCUACUGACAUGAAUUAAUAAAAUUAAAAGACUAUUAACCUAUGUGUUCUGAUGAUAAACUGUAAGUAACUGGCAUAUUUGUGUGUUCGGCUCUGUCAGUUUACCUUGCUGCUUCAUGUGGAAACUUCCCUGUCUGAUGUGUGUUCUAUGGCAUGGAAACAAAAUCAGAACAAGGUCUAGGUAUCCAGACAGUCUAAUUCUCUUUCGUUGUUUGUGUUUGUGUCGUCACUUAAGCCUGAAGGACAAAAACAUCUCUGAACUCACAGAAAUAUGCCUACGAGUUUCAUAUAUUAAAGCAAAUGUUAAUUCAGGUUUCUUCUGUGUUUUAUACAAUACUAAUUUUUUGAGCUAACAGUGAUGUUUUAAUAGUGUUUAUGCCUCUGUUAUACUUCUGGUUGUCUUACACCUUGCAUUAUGCUUCUGCUAAAACAAAGGGCAGAAUAACAUUUUUAUUCUGGGUUAUUAGGAAGAGAAGGUGUUACAUGUUAUAAAACCUUAGAGCAAUUGUUUGUUAGAGUACAGUUUCUUUAGGAGAAAGAAAGUAUAACAUUUGUAACUAUGGAAAUAAUACUUAAGGGUAAUGUUUUGAAAGAACCAUCUUGCCAUUCACUCCAUCUAUCCAACUUUUCUUGUUUGGUUUCUGCUUGCUUACAUAUGUGAAGUUUAGACGAAAAAGUCCUACACACAGAUCUUUUCCUUCCAACCAGGGUGAUCUCUUAGUCCGGAUACAUGAUUACCAAAUACACAUCUUUGCAUUACUUGAAUGCACUUUCGGAACACCGUGGCAGCGGAGAAUAGACCUGAAUUUCCCCUGUAAGCAGCAGUCCCUGGGUCGCCACAGCAGUAAUUCAGUCUCGGUGUCAGUAGCAAGCAACCCCCUCUUCCACAUUUUCAGACAGACAGAUAACUUGCAGUUUGUGUCCAGAAAACAAGGGGUGCCAGGGCCUGGCUCUACGACCGAUGGUUCCCUCUCUCCUCCUUCACAGCUCCCAGUUCUGUUUUUCCUCUCCUGUGGUUAAACCCCUUUCUUGCUUCCACAUCUUGUGGUCCCAGCUUCCACCUGGUGAGCAUGUGGGACUUCCAAACUAGUUGUUCUCCAUGGACACGCAUAGGAGAGCUCCCAAAACAGCUGAGGAGAUGGCUGGAGUAUAUUUUUGGGGUCUUUUGGACUUUGGGUGAAGUUGUCCUUCUACGCUUGUUGCAUGUAUGUCGAGUUAGGACUUGCAUUCUUGCACUGCUCUUUUUUUGGUUUUUAUAUUUAAAAAUAAACCAGAACCAAAUGAUGACAUUUAAGUGUUCAGUCAGCUCUGCAUCUGGAGAGUAAGCAUUGCCUUUAUUUGCAAGUGAAACUUCCAAGAGUUGUGGAAAUAGGACUCAUGGCAAAGUUUUGCUGUAUGAUAUUAUGUAUCCCUAAAUGACAGGCAACAAGAAGAAGGUAGCCAGAAAAUACGUACAGACUUCUGACAUUUUGAGGGUGACAUUUGAAAAAAAGAAAAAAAAUGCACUAGAGACAAGGAUAUAUGGCACUUGUCUAGUGUUUUCAUUUGGGAUUGCUGAGUUGAAGUCAACACAUUACUGCUUGGAGCUUGCAGAGAGGUUUAACCAUCUGUACUCUCAUGUUUCUAUAGAUGCAUCUGGAGCCUAAAAGGCAUAAUGGGAGAACCAGUGCAAAUUCAGGAUGCUCUUUAACAUUUUGAUUUGCAAAGUAACUUUGGGCAUCACACUCUACAGUCACAUGGAGAAGGUUUUAUUUCAGCAGCAAUCCACACCUGGUUUGAAAAACAGCACUUACUACUAAGAACUGGUACAGAAGUAUUAGUCAAAGUACAGUAUAAUUGUCAGAGUUGGGAUAUAUUUGCUGGUGUAGAAAAAAAAUGAAUGAGAGAUUUGUGCCAAGUUGUUUCAAUUUAUUAUUAAUACUUGAGCUACAUCAUGUUUUUUUUCGGUGUGCAAUCUGCAUUAAAUACUUUGUUAGAAAAGGCUUUUUACUGCUAAUUACUCAAACCUUCUCAGCUCCAGUUCAUACAGGUUCUACCCAAAUCAGAGAAUAGUGUGGGAGUAAGGAUGCUCUUGUGAGUUUGACUUUGCAGAACAGAGCUUUAAUACUUUGCAGUCUGUAGCUUUAAUGAGUUCUUCAGCUUACUCAGGUUUGCUUCAAGAUCUGUGAUUUCCUUGUGAUGCACAUUCAUCUUUGUCUUCUUUAUUGAUGAAUGUACAUAUCUUCUGGAUUUUCGGCUUGCUGCAGGUUUCUCAGACGUUGUGGGAAGUAUUUUUAAGAAGAGGAUUAAUAUUUGAUGGUUCAGUGAAGGUAAACAGGCUAGGGUUCUUAAAAGUGAAGUUAUAUUGAAAAUGAGAAAAAUGCUGUAGUUAAACGAAAGGUAAAUCUUUGAUGUUAUGCUGGCACAGAACAUCUGCAAUUGCCAUGCCACUUGGAAAGCUUUGCUGAGGGAUAGGUAAUAAGUUGAAAGCUUAGAAGAUUGGCUCGAAAGCUUAGGCUUUCUGCGUGGUGCUCUGGGAAAAAAAACUCGGGAUAAGCUGAGUGGGCUGUGAUAUUUUUUUGAGAAAAAGGCUUUUCAUAUACAUGAUGUGUCAAAACUAUGAGAAAGAUGCUUGAAGUCACUUUAUAUUUUAUGUGCUUUCUUUUGGAGUUAUUUGUUUUCUCAUUUUUGCGGAGAUAUAUGGAGCUGGGGGAGAUAUAAAUUUUCUCAGGACUGGAGAUGUCCGAGAAUUGCGAACAGGCCUGAACACUUCACUGUCUGUUUCUGUAUUCAGAAAUGAUGAAUUCAUAACGUGUAGUGUUGUACAUAUGCUCAGUUGUGCAACGUAAGCUUAAGGGCAAUGAAUGCUCUUUCUGUUUUCUAGCUAUAGGUUGAGCCAAUAUCAUGGACUGCUCUCAGAUUGCCUGAUGUUUCUCAUUCGUGUCUCAAAGAUGUGUGUUCAGGCAUAUUUUUUAGAUGUGGGCCAUGCUAGCCACAUGUUUCCUUUCACCUGAAUUAUUAUGAAAAAACAUCAAGUAAAACAUUCCAGCAUACUUAAAAAAAAAAAAAAAAAAAAGAGAGAGAAGGAAACAGAUGCUUUUGUUUACAUUUAGCUACCACAAAUAAAUGAAAACAAGCAACCAGGAAAGAAGCUGUCGGAGUUGCUUCAGAGCAGAGGUUUGCAGUUGUACAUGGGUCUGGCCUUUGGGAAGGACCCUGUGACUAUCUACUAGCAUUUGGUGAUAUUGGAAGCCGUUGAGAAGCAGGUUAGAACGUCAGGUGGAUUUGGCCGGGUUAGUGACUCUGACACACAUCGGCUGGAGCUGAGGAAGGCUUUCCGGAGCCUUGAGGGGUGCAGGGAGCUGGGACCAAGCCCCAGGCUUCUCCCUGGUGUUCGCUGUGGUGGCUGGAUGCCAGCUUCAGUGGAGGAGCAGGUGCUUGGCAACGCUUGGACAUCUGCAUCAGGGAUCACGGGGAAAGGAGCCAAACAGGAUAUUUGAGCAAGGUGUCUCUUCCCCCACCCCUUCUGCAAAGGUCCUCCUGUCUUUGCAGAGCCUGGAGCUCAUGCACAGCUUGCCUCUAGACAUUUGCUUUGCAGCUGGGACAGAGCUGUGAACUGAUGUGUAGGCCUGGAGUUCUCUCACUAAAAUUAAUUACCAAAGGUAAUUUUUAUUGUAAUCCAUCAUGGGAUAACCAAAGAGAAAAAGGCUAAGCUGGCAAUGGACCUUUAUGUUGUGGUAGCGUAAAGGCGAUGCCAAUGGCAUUUGCACAUGUCUGCCUUGGCUUGGUUCUUAAUUAAUUAGUAAUGCAGUGAUGUUAUGAGGUUGGCUGGAUUUCUUUCCUUUUCCUGCACUUCCUCUGGCACGAGAACUUUUUCCUUCAUGUUUUGUAGGGUGAGAUGUUGCAUUUCCUUCAAAUUCAAGUCUGUAGCAGGGUCCAGGCUGAUGUAUUUAACUGGAUUUUGAGCCUCUGCCUUUCCUCCCCUGGGAAUGCGUGACGUAUGAUACUGUCCUUCUUGAAACAAAUUAAUGUAACAAAAUCAUUUCAAUCAUUCAAUGAUUUAAACAAAUAAUUUAAAAACAAUGAGCAGACGUUGUGCAUACGUAGUUCCCACCUAAAUUAGACUGUACCCUAAUUAAGAUAAAUUGGCUUUUCUCUUUAUUUGCAGGAAUUAGACUGAGUGAGCUUUUGUUCUCCCUUGCAAGACCUGGAUGCUCCCAGGCUUGUGCGGCUGUUGCCAUUUAGUCCGACUGACCCAGCUCAAGCUGAUUGAUUUCUGAUUGCCACCAGGGCAGGGCAGUAGCAAUAGGGAAGCUUCUUCUGACCUGACCUGAUGAGAGGCUGAGGAUUAACCACUUCGGUGCUGGCAGAAGGGGCCAUGUUGCCUCUUUGGCUGGGCAGGGGGAUCCGUGGCCCUGUGGGGAAUAAGUGAUUUGGUGACAGAUCCAGAGGCAUUAUUAGUAAUUGCUAGAAGAUAGCACACUAGUGCCUGUCAUGAAAGUGUAUAGAAUUUUAGAAAAGGCACAUCUCAAAAGCUGACUAUUAUUAUUAAAUUUUAUCUGAUUCUGUGAGUCUACUCAGUUAUGCAGGUGAUGUGAGGAAAGCCACCUGCUCCUGAACAAGGUGAUGCACCAGUUUUCUCCCUGCUGCCUUGCUUGCUAGCAUGCAUAAAGUAAGCAUAUAAGGUGUGGUGUAUUACGCUUGUCCUCAGCCUUACAUUGCUGAGGGAGAGGCAAGCCUGCUCAUUUGCUUCAAUACAUCUCUGCUUUCAUCCUUUUCCUCAUUUUGCCAUUUACUUUUGCCAAAAGGAGGGGAUGAGACUGCAGAAUUGGGAGAGAUUUGGGUCACUGUGGCUGUGUCUGCAAUGUAUUGGGUAGUUCAUGGGUAAGAAUUAAUUCUAAUUAUCUCUUUUUCAGCUGCCUACUGACUUGAAUCUCACUUCCCCUUUCACAUUAGUCCUUCUUUUAUUAUCUUUUCCUUCCCUUGACCUCUAGAAAGGUGCUUCCUAAAUUAAUAUUUUAACAGGCCUGUUGUGGAUGUGUGAGCCAAUUUACACAUUGUCCAGAGAAAUCAGCUGGGUUAAACUGGUACCCAGAGAUGCACUUGGGGUGCUUUCCUCCUCCAAGGGCAACUCUUAGGGUUCUUCUCACUUGUUGCUGAUCACACAGAAACAUAACUCCUUUACAACAGGCAUUAACAACAUUGCCUACUUUUAUCGCUAGUUUUAUACAAUAAUAGUUCCCUAAAACCUUUGACUCCUAUUAAGACAUGCACACCAUAAAUUUAAGCAUGCCAAAAUUAAGAUCCUGUGUGAUAAAAUUAGCCAAGAACAUGUUGAACAAAGCCACCCCAAAGAAAUGCAACACUUGCAGUCAGCUCACAGUUUCAGUUGAGCUGCCAGGACGUUAGCAUACUUGUAAAAUUUGAGGUUAACAGUGUUUGUAAAAAUUUGUAUUGCUUUGCAUCAGUUGCUGAGCUGGAGCACACAAACAUUAUUAUAAAUAAACAGUUUUGCAUGCCGCUGGGAAUUUUAUGAAAAUUUCUUAGCAACUCCUGUUUGCACAUGGUAAUCGUAUGUCUUUCUUAUGCACACACAAAAUAUGACCUGGGUGUUGCAUCCUUUCAUUGCACGUCCUCAAACUCUUAAAUGUGUUUAGAGGGUAGAUGUUUUCAGAAAAGAUAUAUAUCAUUUUUGAACAAUACAAAUCAAGCUUGCAGUGUGAAAUAUUGCAGUUUCUCAGUUUCUUCCACCCAAGUGCACAGUCUAAAAAUAAAAUUGCUGGCAAGGACUUAACUACAAUAGCAUAAGGAAGUGUCUCCAGAAUAAAUAAUUAAACCAGCCUUUAGCUAAAGCUUUGGAGUAAAAUAAAUGAGAAGUAAAAUAAAUCUGGGAAGCCACAUAUUUGAAAGGUGAUACGCUAUGGCUGGGAUGUCCAAUUGAUCAAGACAAAACAUUUUGCUGAAUGUUACUUGGAACUGUUCUGGAAACCCUUAUGAUACCACAUUUUCCACAGCACAGAGGCCAUUAAAACUAAAUUACUUGGAAAAACUGUAGCCACUAAAUUAUGGAUAUAUUAGCACCUAAAUAUGCAGUACUAAAGAAUUCUAACUUUGUAAACAAAUAAAUAAUUUUGAAAACAAAAAUGAAAAUUAACUCUGAGAUAGUUUAUAUACUAGGAUGUCUCAGAGUAACCAUGACAACAGUCAGGGCUUCAUGUUCAUUUGCUGUAUCUGAGCAUGUACAUCUUUUUCUUAACUGCAGAAAGGAGUGUGAGGGACUGCUGUACAAGCACUAUAAAAAAUAACUAUGCUUUUGUUAACUUACAAGUGAGAACAGAGACAUGGUACUGUAGGUAUAUUCCUAUGCUUAUCAAACAAGGUUUGUUUUGUUUUGUUUUAUUUUUUAAUUAUUUCUUUUUGUUUAGUUUGUGGUUGGUUUGUUUUUGUUUAUUUUGUUUUCCUGUCAGUGUCAGAACUAUUUGUUACUCAUAGUGCUGUAUCCCACUGGCAAACUAAAAAAUGUUUAUUUUUCUGAUAUCAUUAAAUAUUUAAAUAUUUUUAGAACUGGAAUUUUUUUCUUCAGUUCCAUUAAUUUUAUGACCAACAAAAUAGAGCUAACCUACGUGUGUAUAAAUAUUUUUUUAAUACAAAAAAAUGGAUAGCAUUAUGUUUUGUUCUUCACAAAGAUAAAUUUGAAGUUAAAAUAAAAAGGACUGUCUUCUUCUAUGAUAAAUGUUUAUAUUUUUCAGCAAACAUCUGAAUUUUAAAAAUAAUCUGUGUAUAAAAAUAAACAUAUCCAAAUAUAGUGAAACUAGCCUACCUUCUAGGAGAAAUGCUUUUGUUUUUACUCACAGGAAAGUAACAAAACAGUGAUAGCAUAAAAGCAUGUUGAGCCUCUAGCGAUCAGGUUGACAGAAGUGUCAGGAUGUACUUUGAAUGCAAAGGCGAUGUGGUAGCCUGAAGAAACAGAGCAAAACAUCCCAGGCAGUUGGGCAGCCUGUUGAGAUGUGAUACGGGACCUACAGCAGACUCACACCUUCUGCCUGGCAACACAGGGCCAUAAAGCAAAAGAAUCAGUAAAUUCAAUCCAAUAAAGUGAGUGUUUUGUGGCCCUACAGUGUGAGAAGCCUUUCACCAUUUUGGCAUACUCUGCAUAAUAAAUCUUCCGUUCUGGUUGGCAAAUUAUCAAAAACAAUGUCCUACAAGUUGAAAAAUUCACCAGAUUAUUCAUUUACUAUGAUGUGAAGUUUUUCCAUUACUAAUGAAUUAAGUAUUAAAAUCAAAACAACUCCAAGUUCACUGUCCAAUCUGGAGUACACAUUUCUCUGCAAGCAAGCAGCAAGAAUGCUUUUUUUUUCUUUCCCCGCUUUGUCCAAAUGAAGAGGAGAAAAAGGAAAAAAAACAACGCACAAUAGCCAGUGCAGUAACAAAGACUAUGUUUUGAUGAUAAACUUCUAUUUUACUUGUUUUAAGGAACUACUAUCUCACAGACAAAGAAAACUUCUAGUUAGAGGACAUGCUAAAGGUGCAUACAUAAGUGGUCACACACCAUCAAUGGUGAGUUUUAUAGCUCUAACUUCAUGCUUCAAGUUUUGCUUUUUAAAGCAGUAUCUCUGCUUGAAGUGGUAUAACUGCAAACAGAAUUAAUUCCCAUAUUUUAAGCCAGACCUUAAAGAUAGAAUUAUCACUGGUUAAAUGCUGAUUAUAUAUAUAUAUAUAUAGAUAUAGAUAUAUGUAAUUUUUUAAUUCUCUGGAGUCAUUACAGUUUCUGCAUACUUCUAACAUAUUGGUUUGCUUCUACAUUUUUUCAGGCUUUGCAAAUAAUACUUCCAUUGCCUAUCUACAUAUUUAUUAAAUGGAACCUGGGAUGUUUCGUCAGUUUCAAAGUUGAAUACGUUUUUUUGUGGGUUCCCUAACCAUAGCAUUGUAAAUCCUGGCCUGUUGUGACUAGAUUUGUGUGACAUUUUUUUCAUCAGUAGUCAAAACAUCACUUUAAAGCUGUUUGCAAACAUGUCCCCAAUUUGAUGAGCUGUUGUGUCAAAGAGGUUGGUUGGGUUUAGAUUCAGAAAGUAACCAAGGAUGAAUGAUUGUGGUCUCUGGUUAGUCGAAAUUCUGUCCUUGUAUUUUCCUGCAGUGAACUUUAAGCUAAAAGUUCACCAAACAUUUUAGGGGAGGUUGUCCAUCUCUUCUGUGUACCUUUACAUUUGGUAGAAUGGAAACUUCAUGGAAACGAUCAUAUCCUGCUUCUUGGGUAGAUCUGUUGGUCUGUUUAUCAGUAAUUUUUAAACUAUUUUGCAUAAUACGGAGCUGCUUGGAUGUUCCUGUUGCCUCUGCUGACUGCUAGGGCAUUGACUCUGACUUUGGGGAAGCUCAAGAUUAAUAUCCAGUGUCCUCCCAGAGGGGUCUGGCCGCAAAGCUGUCACAGAGCUGAGAAACUCUUGCUGUUUCAUCCUCAUUUUACAAAUCUAGUCUUUUAUUGUCCCAGUUAUUUUAUUCUCCAUGUGUCCAGAAACAGGCAUUUUUCGGGUGUUUUUGUCGUUCAGCUUGGAAAUAAUUUAAAAUGUUGCUUCUCUGUCUUUGAGCAAAGAGCCAAAAAGUUUUUUUCCAGUUGACCCCACAAGGCGGACUGAAACCAGAGAGUGAAACUGAAGCUUUGCAUGAAAUACCCCUCCCCAGCUUCAGUUUAUCGUUUCAAAUUGUAAAGUAUCUGCCUGAAUACUACAGGGUGUUUCAAAAACAUGGACCCAACAUGUUACAAUUACACAAAAAUUUACAAAUGGUUUAAUGAGUUGUCAAGUUUUUGUAACCUUACUACAAAUGCUCUGUUUUCCCUCCACCUGCUGUACGGACUCUUAAGAGUUUCAUUCAUGGGCGGUUCAUGGUUGCAGAGCGGUAGUGAUUUCAAAUUGGGUCCAUUUUUUGGAAACACCCUGUAUUUUUGCACCCUUAAUUCUGGGCCAGUUCUUUAGUGACCAUCAUGAUUUUGUGGCCUGCAUGCUUAAGACAUACCCUUUUAGUGAAGUGCACCAACCCGGAACAAAAUACAGUAUGCAUGCCUUUUUAAUGUUUGCAAUGACAAAAGCACUUUGCUCUGCUUCUGGAAGCUAUCUUGAAAAAUGCGAAUUAAUAAAUGGAUCAAAUCCUUGCAACAGGUCCAAUUUUCUCCAAACAAAUUGACAUUAGUGAUCAUUAAUAUCAUACUAAUGUCGUACUAGCUCUAAUUAGGUCCUGCUGCGCUAUGUGAUAUGUGCCUGUAAUAAUAGAAAAUAUGAUAGUAUUUCGCUUCCUCCCAUUUCCCAGCAACGCAGACAGCUCUGUUGAUUUGAAAUCAGUCUUACUGAACAUGAGGUCUUUGAUAAACAUGGCAGUUCCUUUGUGCGUACGUGGCAGACUCACAUAACCAGCAUUUUAUCAUCAGCGCGAGGUUUGAGGUAAGUCUGACUGUCACAGUUAAAUAGUAGUGAGACCUGUACGAGCGGUUUUGCUCUAAGUGCAGCCCGGGAGGCUGGGGAUUUGUUGCCCUUUCCACAGGCGCUGGGGGAAUUGUCCUGUAUCCAUAUGGUAUUCUUGAUUAAGAUGUAUUAGGCAGAUUAUCCAAGUAUAAUUGUUAUAAUUGUAUUGGAACACACUUAUUGCAGACUUACAAAACUUGUUGAGAAUUGAGCAAACAGUACAGUUCCCCUUAGCUGGAUUUCUAUCGCUCCGAUAAAGACUAUAUGUCAUUCUAGGUUACAUGUUUGGGGAGGGUGAUAAUUACUACCAUAUCUGUCAGCAGCAUUGCAGUGCUUUGAUAAAAGGCUAUUCUGCUCACAAUCAAAUGACUAAGAAGUUAUUUUUGGCUUUGUUUAUGGAAAAAAAGACAUUUUGUGAGAUUAUAGUUGGAGUCUGUGGAGCAAAAAAGACGAAUAGUUUCUUGGCGUCGUAACUUAAGGAGAAACAGGCAGAAGAACAUCUGAGAUCUUCAGUCAGUUUGGGGAGCUGGUGCUCUGAAGAUGUGAGUGGCUGUAUGCAAAUCCUCAUCAUGCUUGUACAUGGUUAAAAAGUAACUACUUUUCCAUACUGUUCUGCAUGAGGAUGAAGCAUCAUGUUGGAAACUGAGUGCUUCAACCAUCAUUGUUGUUUCACAGCAUUGUAGGAUUGUUAUUCCUUUGUUCAUCUCCAACCAAAUUGACAUAUCACAUUGUGUCAGGAGUGAGGACCCCAUUCUGGACAGAAAAUCUAGUGGGAUAUUAUUAACAGUUGUGGUAAUACAAACUUUAAAAAUGUUAAUCUAUGAGUUGCAGAAGUGAGGUGUUUUUAAGCAAAAAUGACCUUAGAAAGACAAAAUUAGAUGGGAGAAAAUACAAUGCCAGACAUAAAGCUGGACUUGAUGGGGUACAAGAGGAGUGUAGUUUUCCCAGAUGCUAUUUCAGGAAUAGAUUUAGAGUCAUCCAUGCAAGUGGGACUGAGGCUUUUCCUCCAUGUCUGGUAGCCUCUGAACAUCAUACCAGUGCAUUAUUGGAAGUAUCCACAAACAGAAAGAUAAUCUGUGUCAAGAGACAGUCUCCAGCUAGUUCCAGUUUGCAGUAAACUUAAAUUUAUUAUUAAAUUAGAACUUUUUAAACAUUUAAGCAAACUUCAGAGCAAAAAAGUGCCUUCCUUUUUCAUUGCAAAUAGAACUCAAGUUAUUGUCUGGUUAUACAUAGUACAAUUCCAUUAUGCAUAGACUGCUUGAAUGUCAUGCUUAUUUUCAUGAACUUUUUUCGUAUCACCCUGGUUCCGUGAGGGAUCACUCUUUUCUUCUGUGGUUGAUCCUGGAUGUGUAUUUGGCUUUGACUGGAAUACAGGGCUGUCAGAAAUCAGGGAGGUCUUCCAGGCAGCGACUCUGUUGCUGGGGCCAGAAGAAGAUGCUGAAAUGUGAAGUGAGGCAAAUUCAGAAUGACCAGGUCUUGUGGGGCUCAGGACCAAGUACAGAAGUUGCUGUCCCACAAGGUGCUUGGCUGUCAUGAGCCAAUUUACUCGCUUUUGUUUUGGGGCUGUUUUAAGAAUGAGUUAUUCCUGACACCAGAGACUACAGAGAAACUAUUGUAUGGUUUCUUGUUUGUUGAAAAGAAAGUGCUAUACUGAUUAGUACAGUGCUGGAAAGCUGGGAAGCUAAAAGAUUCACAUCACACACACAUCUUUUUCAGGAGGCGGAUAUAAUGUGUGUAUGUGUACGUGUGUUGUGGUAUGUAACAAUCUGAAUUGUUUUUGUCUACUUUAUUCAAGUAAGUUUGUGUUUGUUUUUUAUUUUUCCAUAAACUUUUUCUUCCUGUUUAAAAUUGUGACCUGUCAGUCAGCAUCUACUAUGGUAUACUAUUUAUGUUUUGUUUCAGAAAUGUUUAAGUGCUACAAAUUUUAGAGCCAGCGUGUUUGAUGUACCACCAAAUGUGAAAAUUUCUGGCUUAACCUCUCUAGUCUGUUCAGUGGAUAAAGAAAUAGCAUUUUUGGCUUGUUCAGUUCAAUACCUACAGAGAUUCAUUUGGAACUGAAAUGCAGUUGCAUUCUCUUUAGUUUUACAUAUAAAAACAUAAGUCUCUUUUAAUCUUGAAUUCCUUAAAGAUGUGAUCAUCAGGACUUUCAGCUCAUUUGGCUGAAAAUGAGACUUUUUUUUCAUUUAUAGAUAAUUUUCCUAAACUGUGUUUAAAUGAUCUUGAGGAGGGAGGAGACUGUGUGUGUGUGCAUGACUCCAGGAGUCUGAUAAACAUAUGUAACUAUUUUUAGAACAUUAUUUUCUACAUUUUAUGAUUCUAGUUUCCAUCUGAAUGCAGUCUGACACAAAUUACUAAAAAAAAAGUACUGUUUCAGUGUUUCAUAAAUUAAAAUGCAAAACGUCAGCAAAUGAAUAAAUUUUCUGAUACAAAACUGUGUAAAUAUGUUUUCAUUUAUAUAUAGCUUCUCUGUGUGUGAAAAUAUGUUUAAUCUGUGUAGCCUCCUGGUUAGCAAAAGGUAAUGCCAAAAAGUUGUGGUUAAUUGGAAACCAACAAGUUUUAGUAGGUAACAAUCAAGAAAAUAGAUUUCUCUUUAGGUAACAAAAUUAAAGAGCAAAUAUUCAAGAAAAUAUUUUUAUACAUUUAAAUAAAGGUUUCCUAUUAAUUCAAAAUCAUUAUCUUUUUAAUUAUUAAAGUCAGUUCUUUAAAUUGAUCCACAAAUGUUGUGUUACCUUUGACACUUUAAUUAUAACAAGUAAAGAAAAUAUUCAGCUUAAAGAUAAGAGGAUUAGAUGGGGUAUUGAAACUCGUCUAUAAUUGACUUUCCUGAAAAGUAAUUGUUUCAAAAGCAUCACACACAAAAAAAGUCCAUUUUGCUUUUGGAUAAGCCCAGUUUUUUUUUCACUGACCGAGCAUUAGACUCUUUUGAUAAAUGGUAAAUCUCGACAAGAAGACAACAGUACUUUCUUCACCUCCUGUGCAAUUUGGCUUAGAUGUCUGGAGAGAAUAGAUUAUUUCCCCUUUUUUACACAGAUUGGUUUGUGCCCAUGGGUAUCAGUAUCAUGAGAAAGGGAGACCACAUUCAAUUAAGUGUAGGAUAUUUUCCAAUAAGCUUCUGCCUUCUUAGCAGACCAGUGCUUAAGGAGUAGCACUGUAGAUAUAUUCCCAAGUUUAAAGGAAGCUAUUCAGCAGUCUGAAACAAACUUCCAAAAAAAGCAGGACAACGCCACAAAUGUUUGCAUGAAAAAGGAACGUCUGCCCAAUGGGAACUGAAUAUGCCAUGAUAAGAUCAGAAUAAGCAGUCAACACUUUCCAUCCAGCAGUUCACAGGGGCAAAGGGUUGCUUAGACUUACCUAUUCAUAUUAAUAAGAGUCCAGAACUUGUAUACGUAAAGGUGUCUCCCGUGUGUCUCUGGUCCUGUUUCUGUGGUCAUCUAUAAUCAGUCUAUUUUCCUUCCUAGACAUGAACAGACUCAAUUGAUUUCCAUCCACCCAGGUUUUAAUAAUUCUGCACCAGUGUGGAGGUGUGAAGAUUCUGGCCCUUAGCCUUAUGUUCUUAUAGUGCUUUGACACCUGUAGCAGAGACUGUCCUGGCUACCCCAGGUUUUUCUUAAGGACUAUGAGAUAUAGUUUAAUAUAGUCUGUAACACUGUAAGUGUUAGUUUGGGGUCUUGUCAGGAAUUUGUAAUCAAAUUUACAUAAAUAUGUUUAUCGCAUCUCUUUGUCUGUCGCAUAUGUGUGUGAUCUGUCUGUCACAUAGAUGUGAUUUGCCAGUUGGAACAAGAUGAAUAAGCAUUCACCAAAAGUCACUUGGAAAGUCAAUCAGAAGCACAAAAGUACUUCUAAUUAGGAAAAAACUUAGAAGGAUAGUAUUCCAGAAGCAGAUUCUUCUCAACUGACAAUAGAAAAUUAUAAUAUUAAGUAAAAAAUGCCACGGGUCAUUCUUUUCGUGAAGUAGCCUUAUCGAAUCAGCCUAGGGUUUUAUCUGCCGUAAUUUCCAGUGUCCCAGUACAAGCCAGUAAUGGACUUUUAGAGAAAGAGUGAAUGAGCCAAGGUCCCCCUUGAUGCCUCCUCCAAUAACCACCUUGCUUGCUGCUAAGGAAGUGUUCAGGACUUUCUGAACUGGAAGCUGAAUUCUUUCUGUUGUACUCAGUAGACCCAAAGGACGUUCCACUGCAGAGUUUCACUCUAUGUCCUUAAUUUUUGAGCUACGAGAAACAGUAGAUGUUUUCUUUUCACUUCAUGAUUGUGUAGGCAGCCCCACUUAAGUCAGGUAUUUUCCCCACCAUAAAGGCCUAUACUCUGUUAUCAUACAAACUCCACUGUAUCAUCUUUCCUUGUUCUUUUUCUACACAAAAAGAAGAAAUAUGAAGCCCCGUAUCUGAGUUUUCAAAAGGGAGUGUUGAUUAAGUUUCACCAGGGAAAAGUGCACUAGGCUACAAGAGCGUGUAUUUAUUGCUGAUCACAAGUGGGUAGAAAUACAGCUUACUAAUUUUAUCCUAAUGCACUUUAGAGGGAAGAGAUCCAAGCACUGAAAAUAAAAGCAUCACAUGUCCUACAUUAUUUGCUUACGGAAGCAAUAAUAUUCAGUAGAUGGUAUUGCAAAGAUGAACUGAUCCUUUUUCCAUUGAAAUCAAUGUCAGUUAAUUAACUUCAGUAGAAGCAGGUUAUGCCCAAAUGGUAAAUAUGGUGUGUGCAUUCUUCCAAUGCUUGUGAAACAAAUAACUGCAUUUCCUGAAUCUAUUUUUAUAAAUGCAAAUUAAAAUAAAAAAUAGCAGUUGAUGUUUUUGCUGAACAAUGUUGACCUAUGCAUGCUUGGUCAGUAAUUGCGGUGCUGCUCACUGACUAAAGCUAUUUCCUUGAUAGAAAGCAGUUUUUAAAUUAUGUUAUAUUUUCCCAUGUACUUUUGAUAAGUAUAAAUAAGAAGCUCCUGUCUUUCAACCCAGCUACUUGCAACAGAAACAAAGCCAAGACAAAAUGAUGGGUCUGGCAGUUUAACUUCAAUUGUUAACCAUGAUUGAGGGUAUCUGAAGUAUCCAAAACCAAGAAUGAACGUUCUGGAGUUGCUGUGUUUUGAAAUUCCCACGUCCUAUAUAUAAAGAGUCAGGAAUGUGUUUAUGUGAUCCUUGUAAGCCAGUUAGAAGAAUAAUAUCCAUUUGGGCUUUCAACUUAGAUUUCAAGAGAAUUUCAGAAGAGAUAGCAGGCUUUCUGUUUCCUGAGGUGAACCCAUGCUUACUCUGGCUUUGGAGCAGGCAUUAUGUCCCCUGGCAGGAGACACUGUGCUGGGCUGUGGGUGUCUUGUUGGGACACGAUCAUCCAACAGUCCCUUAAAGCCAGUGGAGAGAAAGAGGGUGCAGUUCAUCUGGCCUGCUGUAGACCUCUGGUUUCUAACAAGAUGAACUGCCUUCUAAAAGUAUUGGCUUUUCUACACCAAUUUUAAGGGUUAGGUGACGUGUUAGGCAAUGUCUGUCUUUUGUCAGAUGAAUCUCAUGCUGUGUGCUGCUAUCACAUAGAGUUGUUCCUAGCACUACCGUGCUAUCAGCUCAUUCUGCCUUGGCAACUUUUUCAAGGCCACUAGCUGCAUAACAGAUGACACAACUUAAUUGUACAAAACCCACUGUUAUCAACGGAUGGAUUUAUUUCCAGAUCCUUGGAGAUUUUGCUUCAAGUAAUCCAAACCAAGCAAAGGACUAAUUCUCAGCCUUGGCAGCAGAUAGUCAAAGUCCGUUCUCCUUACAUGUCUUCAUGGUGACUCGCCCGUUGUGUCUGCAGAAAGCACCACUGCUCUGCAAGUCACACGGGUUGAGUCUCAGAUAACUCUUAACAACUGUUUUACUGUCUUCAUUUGCCAUAGGAUCUAUUUUUAAUUCUGUUUUUAAUUUAAAUUUAAUUAUUACUUGGUCACAGAAAGUGUAGUGCACACAGGUUUCAGCCGAGUAGAAUGGUGAGAUGAGCUGUGUGUAUGGAUGUAUAUUGGUGUGUCUUGAAUACACUGGGUUUAAAACCAAUGUCAUUGCUUCUAGCUUUUGUAAUUAAACUGUGUGGUUUCUUCUUGUUUAGAUAAGGUCAGUAUGUAUGUCGUACAACUUUGAGGCUUCUUCCAAAUGGAUGUGCUGCUUGAAAUGUGAUGCUGUUGCAUUUGGUUUUUAAGUGAGCACCAACAUGUCACUUUUUAGGGAUUUUUCUCCCAGUCAUGUGACAUAAUUUCUUCAGAAACCUAAUCUCUCUUUGACACGUGAAUUCUACAAAUAGAAGGAGGCCCUUUAUUGAACAUUUUUUCAGGCUUAAGAGCUGAUUUCUUGUAUUUGCUUUGCAGUUGACCCUUUAGUCCUAUUUUGGGUUACCAGAUGAAAAUAAGGUUUUCCUUCAAAGGUUGGUUGCUAGGGGUAACUGGCACUGACGCCAAAAGAUGAAUACUCUACCUACUUAGGAUAAUGCCUACUUUGUGAGCUAAAUAAAGAGCUAAAUUGCAGAGAAGGAAGUUGGAUAAAUGUGAAGUAUCAAGGGAGAAAAACCAGGAUUAUUAAAAACGCAUAAUGCAGAAAGGAGUAUUGCUUUUUGCGCCAGUAAUGGUCUGGUACACAGAACGUGUGUGCUGCUCUGCAGCCAGGCGCUUGGCUCUCUCGGUCCUGCUGAUCCACUGAAAAGUGUCCAUACUUUUACCUCUGCCUGGAUAAUAUAUAGAGCUGUGGAAAGGAGAGGCAGGGAGGCAGAAUAUUUCACAUGAAGUAAUAACUUUGAAUUUUGCAGAGGAAAGAUGGUUACUGAGACUGCAAGAAGUUUAAUAUUUUGAGCUUGAAGGUUGAAAGACUCAGCUGCUGCUGGAGGAGUUACUCUUCGAAUUCAGAAUUCUCAGCAAAAUUAAUGCACGCUUCACAUAAAUGAAGGAGAAAAACACUGUAUCUAAUAUUGUAGAAUGUAAGGAAUUGAUUAUUUUGAUAUUUGAUUCAAAUGUGGAAGCAAUCUUAGUUACUGUCCCCCAAAAAAGCUCCCAGUGCUUUUGGGGAUUAUGGCAGAAGGAAGCUUUCAAAAUAGCUCAGUGGUAGUACUGAGCAAUAUAAUCAGAACUUGAUGUCUACUGAUGUUGUCAUAUUUGACCAGAAGAAGCUGAAAACACAUCAUCCAUGCUUAAUAUCAAGAGAUGUAAGCUCUUGGUUUCUUACAGUUAAUGCACUGAAUAAUUUCUCUGCAACGGGGAGUUACAACAAUAUGCAGUUACAUACACUGACUGUGUUUCAUGUGCUUUUGCUCUAAGAAAUAUAGCAAAAGUUGAGGUAUGGACCUCUGUAAGGGACUCGGUGGGCUGAGCACUCAAGACUGUUUCUUAUGAAUCUGGUUUCUGCUAUGGCUCUUAGGAGUUUUCAGUCGGAUCGAGUAGCUUGUUCAUCAGAUUUGUUCUGAAGAUACAAACCAGUGCGUCUCCCAGCCAAUGCACAGCUAAUUUUACCGAAGAAAACAAAUUCAGUUUGUUUGACUAAGUGGAGACCGCGAACACCAAGAAGGCUCAGACUACAUUUAUGCCGGAGUUUACAUUUAUAUUGGAGAUUUCUUCGUUGCUCUCUGCAAAGGCUGUCAAUGCCUCUCAUGGUUCUGCAAGGAGAAAGAUUCUGCAGGUUGACAGGAAGACAGCAAACAAGUCGCUGCUUUCACCUUCUGUGGGCUUCUACUGUUAUAAAUGCUUUCCACUCUGCAAGACCAUAGGGUCACACCACACGCUGCAGAAGCAUUACCUAGAGUUCACUCUGCCAGUGAUACUUCAGUGGCGUGCUAUGGGCUGAGUCCCCCCACAUCAAGUCAAAGAAGGGAGCAGAAAGAAGUAUUUUAAUUUCAAAUGCACUUUUAGUGUUUUUUAUAGGCCCUGUAACAUUCUGCUUUGUUUUGAGUACUUACUUGUGCUGUGGAUUAAGGGUCCAGGCUUUAGCAUGUUCAACUGCUGUGGUGCUAUCACAUAACACGUGAUCUAGGGAACUAGAACCCAGGUAAAUUCUAUUUUUAGUAAUUGUGUAAUUUCAUGAAAUUCAUUUGCUGUGGCUCAGAUAAGAAAAACAGCUUUGCAUAACUAAAAAAUAUACUAAGAAUUAACUUAAGGGUAUACUUGAGCCCUCUCGGGUAUCCUGUGCUGCAGUGGAUUUCUGUGGUUACUUCUGAAGUCACCAGCAGUGCUUUUCAUGGAUAACAGAAUGGCCAAACGAACAUGUUUUGUUCCAUGUUUUUUCUGUGAACUUCACUUGCAGUUUGUGCUCAUCAGAACAGAACUAAAAUUCUCCACCUACCAAACCAUCUGAUAGAUUGGACAUGUCUACUUUUAAAAAAAGCAAAACACCGUUCUUUGCCAUGUGCCACAUGGAAUAGUAAGAGACUCCUGGCUUGUUUUCUGUGCAAACCAUCCUUAGAAGUAGAGCCCCCGCUGUAGAAUUUACUGCCAGAAGAGACCAGGCAAAGCCUGUGAUUGACUGUUUCUCUUUUCUAACAGCUACAUGAUUUUGCACAGCAGGCUUUCCACGGAAGUUCCGGGAUUGAUAGCUAAAUCUAGGUACUUACACUUCAAAAAUACACUAACUACAUGUAAGUAAGAAUUCAUAAUUCACUUGGGACUUUACAACUCAUUCAUCCAAGUGAUGAUACUAUUUGGGAUGCUGAAACAAAAUUUAGAAGACGGGAGAGUGGUAAUUGUAGAAAGUCAUUUUUCUGGACUUCUCAUGGAUUGAGGUGAAACAGUAGCAAUCAUGCAGAAUACUUUACCAGUUUUUGCAGUACAGACAAAGCUUUAGUCACUGCAUGUAAACCCUUCUUAAGCUAGUAUUUGAGCACACUGAAAACUUGACUUAGUUUCUAUCUUAAUCAAAACCAACUGUAAAUAUAAAAUGCUUCCAAUCUAAAAGGGUCUCCUGAAGUUUCACAUGUCAAAAUGUUCAACAUUUUCCCGAUGUUUUAAUUUUGAUCUUAUCUUUGUAAAUAAUGAUCUAAGGAAAAUUCCUGUAGCUGUAAAGUUGUAUCAAAUGUCUGUGGAUCUCAUGGAAGGACCCUGAUUUCUUGCAGUUGUCAGCAGGUUUAUAAUGAACUGAAAGAUAAUUGUUGAAAUUGAAUUAUACUAUCAAUGUCUAGUGAAAAUGAAUGCCAAAUGGCCUAAUAUCUUUUAGAUAUUGUGAAUUCAAUGUGCCUGUGUAGACUUUCUUACUCACUUUGUUUUAAAAAAAGAUCAGUUAUUUGUAAUUCUAAUUUUACAUUCUUUUGUCUUCUUUACUUCAAUGAACACUAUCCUUCAUCUUAGCCAUACAGCUCUAUAAACUAUGCUUAACAGCUUUUGAAAAGGAAUGAUUCCUAAAAUAGUAAAUACAAAAAGACCUAUGUGCAGGCAACAAAAAUUGUGGGACUAUUUUACGUAACAUUUUUACACUCUUUUGCUAUAGAGAUUUUAAGGUCCUAAAGUAACAAUCAAUAUUAUCUAGUCCUCUUGUACAAUUAGUGAUGGCCAUGCAUCAUGAAUGCCUGAAUGAAGGUGUCUUCUGGUUGAGCUAGCUGACACCUUGCACAAGGAUGUUCCAAAAUCUAGCUAUUUUUAUGGUUAGAAGCAGACGUCUAACUUGGAUCUUGAAUUUCUCCGUUGCUGGUUUGUAUGCAUUUUCUUUUCUGCCAGUCAUGUUCCUUUGUCUCGUCUCUCUUCCCUCAUGGCCCCCAGUGUAUCCAUACACACAGAUCACGAUCCUUUUGGUUUGUUUUUUGCUGUGCCAAAACUGCUGUUCUCUAGUACCCCAUAUAAGAGGUUUGCAGUGGGUUUUUCUGUGUUGUUUUGGGUUUUUUUUUAAGUUUGACUAGGCUUCACCAUUGUAUUCUAGACAAGCCCCUCACCUACACCUCUUGCAGUUUCCUUCUCUGUCUCUAUGGGGGAUGCAACUCUGGCUAUUAGUUUCCCCAUCUAUAAGGACAUACACAAGGCCAUGCUGGUCAGACCACAGAUGCAUUCCCUGUGAUUGCCAGUAUGCACAGGUAUGGAAAGAUUAUGUUCUUCUGCGCUCCAGUAAACUCUGGCUGUGUCUCAGCAGGCAGCUACUUUGAGAAAUACUCUAAUCGUACUUUGAAGCUCUCUGUACUUUGUCAUUCGAAUCUCUUCCAGCAUUAGAUUCUCCAGCUUGAUGUUCCUUGUUGUCGGCUCUUACAUCUUUAAAAGUGCUAGGCGUGGUAUUUCUUUCAACGAGUGUCUCUUGUAGAUUAGUGGUUAAGAGUUUGGGAUUUGAAUAAUGCAAGUUUAGAUUUAUUGCAGUAUGAAAGUGCAUGCUUAUGAUGAGCUAAAUAUUCAUGCUAGAAUGCUGACCUCAAGGAUUCACUCCAGUGAAUGUUGGUGGUAAAUUUUGUAGCAUGCUGAUUUAUAUUCAAGGAAGUCCAAAAGAAUUUCAUAUGCGUAAGUAAAGUUCAAUAUGGGUUUACACUGAUGCUAAGGACAACAGUGGGUGUUAAAGGACAUGUAUUAAGACACCGGUGUGCUGGUAAAAGAGGAGCAAAGUAGCUUAUUUAAGACUAUCAUUAUUAUUGCAGCCUUUGAAAUUAGGUUAUUUUCUGAUCUGUUUUAUGCGGUUGGUAAGGUGGGAUCACCUCACCAAUCAGGAGCUGGGUAUCUGGGCUUAAGACGUCUACCUUAGACUCAGCAAGACUCAGCAAUGUAAGAUUGUAUGUUAACCUAUAGAGAGAAAAUGAGGCACUCAGAGAGGCAAAGAUGUUGUAACUGUCGUCUUUGGUAUUCAUUUUAGGACAAGAUAAAGUGCACUUUCGAGGCACCCAACUCUUUCAAUUACCCAUGAGACAAACCAGUUUGACUGUGAGAGACAACAAAAAGGGCUUGCAUCUGUUGAUGCUGGGCCAACAAGAAAAGCAGCAUGGUUUUUAAAGACUGGUGAAGUCUCCUUGAAGUAAAAAACCUCUUGUAAUUUUUAUAAAACACAAUUCUAUGUGUGAUAAUGGCAGCAUCUGUUAAGGAACUGCCGAGUUUUUUUUAUACUGGGGUAUAACUGAGUAUAAUAACUUAAUUCCUAUUAGCUGUCCUAUGAGAAGCUAAAAUAAUCAGUGAUUCAUGCUUAUUUAUGCAGACAUCUUAUACAUCUGAAAAUAGUGCAGGGCAGCCACAUCAACUAUUCUUUCUCUUGUAUUUAUAAAUGCUUUCUACUGGAUGUUAUAUGAAUACUUUUUAUAUAUACUUGUGAACCUGAAUGCCUAAAAGCCAGGAUAAGUAAUGGUACAUGGGCUGUAUAAGGCAGAAAAAAGAUGACUUCACAACAGUGAGUACUGCAAAUUCAGCAUUGAAAAUGCAUAAAACCAUUUUGACGUACUUUUUAGGUUUUGAUAAUGUAGCUUUAAAAAAUGUUUUAAGUUCAGCAAUUUGUAGUCAUGUUUUGCUACCCACAGUCAAGAAGGAGGAAACACUUCUAGAAAAGAGUGGUGGGUUUUUAACGAGUUUGUCUGUAUUUCUUGGAGUCCUCGUAUCUGAAGACUAGUAUGAUACAAUUGCCAUAAAAGUAAAAAGUUCAGUUAAAUUGUUUGAUAGAUAAACAGCAUCUUCUUACAGAAAGUCAUGUUAUGGUAUAUGUAAAUAUAUUUGAAAAUUACUUUACAAACACUUAAAUAUAUGUUAACAUGGGAAAAGAUUCCUUGGCAUUAUGCUUUAUUGCCUGUAUUUCUAUUUCCUCAUCAUUUUGUGAGUUACUGGAAUUUCACAUUUCCCUUUUAGAAAAUUGCAUUUUUCAAAAAUCAGAAAUGCUAAACACAGCAUUAAGAAGCUUUAUUUGGAUGAAAUAUUUCUGGUAGCCUCACUCUAAUUCUAACAUGGUAAUUCUGUGUGUGUGCUAAUAGUCUUAUUUGAGAAUCAGUGACCUUUCCCAGUUUGUCCUGUACAUAUAGCAGAGCACAGAUAUAACAUGAAGGGGUUGUGUGUCUGUGUUUGAAAUUGAGUGGAGAGAAGUUUCUGAAUCUGAUCUCUUUGUGAUUUGUAUUUAAAAUAACACAGUGGCAAAAGCAUUUUAGAUGCUUAGGAAGGAUACUGAUAUUUUUCUUUCUCUUCUUUUUUUUUUCCAAAUAUCCAUCAGAUUCUGGAAGACAAUUGAGAACACAAAUCUGUUACGCUUUCUCUGUAGAAGCUAUGAUUCAGCAUGCCAAAAGUGGAACUAAGAAAGUAUUUCCUUGAUUCUGUAUUCUUUGGCAGGAGCAUAAUGAAUAGUAAAAUACAAUCUCUUUAGAAAAACACAUGCUAUCUUUCCACCCUGAUUUUGUAUGAUUGUAAUGAAAGGAUUACUUCGUGCUUUUUAUUGUCAUAUCAAGUUGCUAACUGUUGAAAUAUAAGGCUGUUGCUAUAUAUUACUGCUAGGAAGUAGAGUAUGUGUGUGUGUGUCCUCAUGUCUAACAUUGCAGCUUGCCAUCUUCUGUCAUUCCCACCACCUAUUAUUAGCUAAUUGGCACUGUAAUGUUUUCUGAAUUUCUUUAAUGUAGAAAUUAAAGUUUAUUCACAUGUUGAUAAAGAAAUAUGCCAUUUUCCUAUAAAAUGAAAACAUUUGACAGCGUGAUUUCUACAAAUCUUUGUAAAUAUAUAUAUCUGUAUGGAGUGUAGUGUAAUAUAUACACACAUAUAAGCAGUAUUUCUUUUCCCUAGGUAAUUUUUUCCUGUCUGACGCAUAAGCUGAAAAAAUUAAUAAUUCUCAGCUUGUCCACUGUGACCCCAAAAUAAAGACUAAUAAGUCUGCAUAGUACUGGGGGGCAAAAAGUACUUGCAACAUAUCAGAUGAACUGUAAAGCCAGUAUUCUCUUUUUUUGAUAUUCCUUUUCCUGUAUUCUUUUUGCUGUAGACCUUUCGAGCUAUUUUACUGAUAAAGGACCUAGGGUAGUUUCUUCUCCAGAUCCUUUGUUACUGCAUUCAUGGAUCAUUGUGUUUGUUCUCAGAAGGCUUAGAAAUUUGAGCCAAUAAUUUAAAAACAUGCCUCUGUUUAUACACCCAAAUAAUUUUAAUUGUUUUGCGUUUAUUCUCUGAAGGUGGCAAUGCCCUUUCUCAAAUUGCAGUUGUCUUCCAACUUGGUUUCACAAAAGCGUGAAUUCUGUAAAAAGUUCCAGUUUGAAUGAUUUACAGUGAUGGUGGCAACCAACUUUAUGUAGUGCCAGGGUGGUCUGUAGGAGAAGGGAGGUGAUAGCACCUUCCUUGCUCCUUUCUGUAUAUUAAUAGCACAAAGAGAGAAUCCACAGUGCAAUUCUGGUCGUAAGAGCAUUUGGUGGAAAAGUCACUUAAAUCUACCCAAUUUAGGAGUAGGAAGAUCUCUGGGUUUUUUCCUUCUUAUCUGACAGAGUUCAUUCUUUUUCCGAUCAAAAUAUGUUUAAAGUACACACAGCGUCCUAAGUAGCUUGCUGUUCAAAUCUGUGUGCAAGAAGAGUUAUUAUUCCAGAAUUAUCUUUUGGAGUGCCAUCUUCUACAUGCUUAUCUGCUCUUUCAAACCAUGCCAACGAAACACUCUUUAUUCCUGAAAGGACGUGAGUCAGUGGGUGCAAACUGAAGCACGCUCAAUUCCACUCAAACAUGGAGAAACUUCUUUACUUUGAGGAAGCCAGAGCACUGGAACAGGCUGCCCAGAGAGGUUGUGGAGUCUCCUCCUCUGGAGACAUUCAAAACCCAUCUGGACACAUUCCUGUGUGAUCUACUCUGGAAGAACCAUCUUUAGCAGGUGGGUUGGACUAGAUGAUCUCUAGAGGUCCCUUCCAAUCCCAACCAUUCUGUGAUUCUGUGAAAAGAAAAAACUGUUUUUUUUACUGUGAGGGCAGUCAUACACUGGAGCCCAGAGAGGCUGUGGAGUCUCCGUCCUUGGAGAUACUCAAAACCUGUCUGGACAUGGCCCUGCGCAACCUGCUCUAGGUGACCCUGCUCUGGACGGGUGUUGGACUAAAUGAUCUCUAGAGAUGCCAUCCAGCCUCAGCUGGCCUGUGAUUCUUAACAUGGAUGUGAUUAUAAACAUAAUCUUGUAAAACCUUAAUCACUGUGUUCCUUCUUUGAAGCACAGUCUUGCUGCAUGAUCAAGUAAGACUCAACUCUUGCUACUGGGAAGACUGGUAUAUGAAAUGGGACAGCAGCUAGGCUAGUUGAAUAGUUAUAGACAUAAUUAAAUGCCCCAAAGCUUCCCACUGACUUUUAUGGACCCAAAACUUGGAGAUCCUCCAUUUGUUUAUACAUCCAAGCAAUUAAAAUGACUUUUAGUGUUGAUUUUAACAACUUAUGUGAUAAGCAUCUUUCAGCAUUUAAGUUCUGGCAGAAAAUGUGCUUUUUUUCUAAGCCUUGUUCCAAGUUCUUUAAUUGCUGCUUCCCUGUUCAGAGUAUCUUCCUGUUAUGCUCAUCACUGAAUCUUUCUUGACUCUUUGCAUUACAAAUGUUUUGUAAGAAACCUGGGUUAUUUCUUGUUUUAGGAUUUGCUGUCUGAAGAAGUUCUAAUCUGUGGCUGGAAACAAGGCUAUGCAGCUAAAUUAUUGUACUGCUCCAAAGCAAAUUGAAUUCUCCCUGCCAAAUAAUCUCUUCUUCCCCAGUAGCUCUUUUUCUCCUUGUGUUUGGUUGCUUGAUUUUGUCCGUGUUUUCUACUAUUCCUGAACACACAAAACUUGCCUCUGGUUGUCUCUUCAUUUUGGAAUUUGUCAUGAUUGUUGUCUUUGGUUUGGAAUUUAUUAUUCGUAUCUGGUCUGCUGGAUGCUGCUGUCGAUACCGAGGAUGGCAAGGAAGAUUGCGCUUUGCGAGGAAACCAUUCUGUGUAAUAGACAUCAUUGUUCUCAUCGCUUCAAUAGCAGUUGUUUCUGCAAAAACUCAGGGUAACAUUUUUGCAACAUCAGCACUGAGAAGUCUUCGUUUCCUACAGAUCCUUCGUAUGGUGCGCAUGGACCGAAGAGGAGGCACUUGGAAAUUAUUAGGUUCAGUAGUUUAUGCACACAGCAAGGAAUUAAUCACAGCCUGGUACAUAGGAUUUUUAGUACUCAUCUUUUCAUCUUUCCUGGUUUAUCUGGUGGAAAAAGAUGCAAAUAACCAAUUCUCCACAUAUGCAGAUGCGCUCUGGUGGGGCACAAUCACAUUGACAACCAUUGGCUACGGAGACAAAACUCCUCUAACUUGGCUUGGAAGGUUGCUUUCUGCAGGAUUUGCUCUACUUGGCAUUUCUUUCUUUGCACUACCUGCUGGCAUCCUUGGCUCAGGAUUUGCAUUAAAAGUGCAGGAACAGCAUCGUCAGAAGCACUUUGAGAAAAGAAGGAAUCCAGCUGCCAGUCUAAUUCAGUGUGUAUGGCGUAGUUAUGCGGCUGAUGAGAAAUCGGUUUCCAUUGCUACCUGGAAGCCUCAUUUGAAGGCCUUGCAUACCUGCAGCCCUACAAAAAAAGAACAAGGGGAAGCUUCUAGCAGUAAGCUUUGUAGUAAUAAACAGAAGCUCUUCAGGAUGUACACCCCUCGGAAACAUAGUCAAAAGCUAAGUUUUAAGGAGCGGGUCCGGAUGGCCAGCCCACGAGGUCAAAGCAUAAAGAACAGGCAGUCUUCCGUGGGAGAUCGCCGGUCACCAAGUGCCGACAUUGCCACCGAGGGCAGCCCGACCAAAGUCCAGAAGAGCUGGAGCUUCAAUGACCGAACCCGCUUUAGGCCCUCGCUGCGGCUGAAGAGCUCACAGCCCAAACCCGUGGUGGACGCUGACACCAGUCUUGGAACAGAUGAUGUUUAUGAUGAUAAAGGGUGCCAGUGUGAUGUGUCAGUAGAAGAUCUCACCCCUGCUCUUAAAACUGUCAUCAGAGCAAUUAGAAUUAUGAAAUUUCAUGUUGCAAAGAGAAAGUUUAAGGAAACACUCCGUCCAUAUGAUGUCAAAGAUGUCAUUGAACAGUAUUCAGCAGGUCAUCUAGACAUGUUAUGCAGAAUUAAGAGUCUUCAGUCACGUGUUGAUCAAAUUCUUGGGAAAGGACAAAUCACGGCAGAUAAAAGAAGCAGAGAAAAGAAUCCUGCAGAGAAUGAGACAACUGAUGACCUCAGUAUGUUAGGGCGUGUAGUCAAGGUGGAGAAACAGGUACAAUCCAUUGAGUCAAAACUGGACUGUCUGUUAGAUAUUUAUCAACAAGUUUUGCGGAAAGGAUCUGCAUCUGCGCUCACUUUGGCUUCGUUUCAAAUGCCCUCUUUUGAGUGUGAGCAGACUUCUGAUUACCAGAGUCCAUCCGACAGCAAAGACUUGUCCAAUUCUUCACAAAUGAGUGGAUGUGUACCCAGAUCAGCUAGUGCCAAUCUGCCUCGUGGCCUGCAGCUUGUACUGACACCAAAUGAAUUUAGCACUCAGGCUUACUAUGCUUUUAGUCCAGCUAUGCAUAGUCAAGCAACGCAAGUGCCAAAUGAUGGACCUGCAACAGUUAAUAAUACAUCAAACCAAAUAAACCAGGCGACUAAGCCAGCAACUCCAACAACAUUACAAAUACCACCUUUCUCAUCAAUGAAGCAUAUCAAUAGGCCUGAGCCCGUUCAUAUCAUUCCUGUAACCACCCAGGAGAAUAUUUCCGAUGUCACCGCUUGCCUUGUUGCAUCAAAGGACAAUGGACAAGUUGCACAGCCCAGUGUGACAAAGGAUCGCACAUGGAGAAAAAGUCUGGAUACAGAAGGGGAACCGUUGCUCUCAGUUAAACCUGUGGUGCAAAUGGAUUUAGGAAAAUCUUUAUCUGUACAAAACCUUAUACAGUCAACAGAAGAACUGAAUGUACAGGUUGCUGGCAGUGACUCCAGCAGUUCCAGAGGCAGCCAAGAUGUAUACUCCAAAUGGAGGGAGUCAAAACUAUUUAUAACUGAUGAAGAGUUGGAAACAGAGGCAGGAACAGAGACUACUGAAGCCAUCUCGCGCCCGUUAGUGGAAACAACUCUCUCUGCUGACUCUCUAAGGACUGGAAUAUCAAGAUCAUCUCAAAGCAUUUGCAAGCCAGGGGAUGGUACAGAAGCACUCAAUCUGCUCCACGUCAAACUUAAAUAACAGCUUGUGGGCUUUCUUCAUUGGCUGGGUCAUUCCUCUAGUCAUACAUAUCAUAGCAUGAACUGUUUUGAAAGCCUUUUUAAUGAGAUAAAAUCACAAAAAUCAGGAUGAAUCUGAGAAGCAGUUGAAUGAGCCCAUAUCUCCUAGUUGCAUGAAAAUGCAUGUUUAAGUGAUGGCAAACGUUCACAUUUACACCUACAGUACGGCAGCUUUAUGUAGUACAGUAGGUUUAAAUGAUGAGUUGCCUACAAAGCUAAUGCUGCAGGAUGUAUCAAAAAGCAAAAAUUUGAGCAUUUAGACCUAGUGCCGUUUCUACAGGGCAGAAGUAAAAAUCAUAGGGUUUAAAGCACUUUGCUUCUGAACUAAUUAAAUAUAUAUAAUGUCCUGAUUUAGAUGAUAGUUUAUGUUUACAACAAAAAAAAAAAUCUAUCUACAGCUGCUAGCAAGGUACCAAGGAAACCAGUAAUACGGGACUAGAAAUGGCUGCCAGUUGCAAGAUACACACAUUAGCUCAUCAGUAAUCAGUUAUUUUUAACUCUGAAAACCAGUACGUUAAUACCCAUAUGAUAUUUUGUGAUUUAGUGUUGUGGCAAAAGUACCUGACACACCACUAUCACAUUGUUCUUUAUAAAGAGAACAUUAUUUUGCUAUGAAGAGUUUGUAUUUUAGGGAUUGGGGCUGGCCUCCGAAACGGAUAAGCUGGGUGACUGCACUAAAAAUCAUGGGGAAUCUCUCCUUCUUCCAGUCUCAUUGAGGAGCUAUCUUGUGAAUCUGAAACAUGUGGCAGCAGUAGGUGAGGGAAGGAAGCAGGUGCUGCCUUUAUUGUUGAAGCAAUACUUCCUUCUGCGAAAAUUCUGGCAAUUUUUCUCACCGUCCCAACCUGAUACCAUGACAGCACUUCAUAAGGCUAGGAAAGAAGGGAAAAUGAGGAACUGAGAUCUAGAGUAAAACUAAAGAUGACAGAACAUGGAAGAGAGAAAGAUAACACAAUCAAUGAAGAAAAAAAUUAUUUAGAUGGGCAGGAAGGGAAAUGAUUGCAGAAAAUAAAAGAAGGAACAUAAAAAGGCAAGAUUUUUUUCUUUUAAUCCAGCCAGUCAGUCAGAGAUAUUGAGUGCUAUUUCCAAAAAAAAAAAAAAGACGCCAUGUAGGCAAUCGGAAAUGGAAAUAGAAGUAGGAAAGACCACCCUAACUGGGGAAAAAAAAAAGCAUGAAGGCACAAGGUUUUUUGUUUGUUUGCUUUUUAAAUAAAAGGGGAAGAGAGAGGAAAGUGUUCACACUCUUCUAUCUCAACACAGUGUCCCAACUGCAGUCAUUUCUUGUGAACUUUCGAAGAAAGGCCCUUCAGACUCUUUCCUCCUAACACCCAAGUUUUCAGUUUCAAAGCCUACAUCAGACCGAGCAUUCCUGCUUGAUACAUCCUCUUUUAUUUUUUUUUUCCUCAUCCUAAACUAUGCUUCGCUUAUGCUGUGAGGCGGGAGUGCUGUCAGUGCCUAUCUGCACAUUCCCAGCCAGGCUUUGCCGCAGUUAGAGCCCUGUGGAGCCCAAACAGGCCUUGGCUCUUCCCAGCUGAAGGAGGUUUCUGUGCGUUGCCUCCCCCCAGAUUUACACCCCCACACCCUGCACCCCAGGCUCGGAGAGAACCUGAUUUGGGCCCAGCUUGCCCAUAGCAGCAGGAACACCGAAUGUAGGGAGGUGCCAGUGCCAGCUCACUCAGGGCAGUGUUUUCUCAAGGCCCAGACCUGCUGGGAACUUAAUAUUUAUUAAUACAUCCAAAAUGUCACUCCAGUCUUAACCAUGGCUAAAUGCUGUAGAUUGUAUAGUGAAGGACUUGAUCUGUUUACUAUGAAACCAUUGUAAUUUCUGCUUCCAUAGUUCCUUUACAGAAGUACUCCUGGAUGUUCCAUGAUAACCUUAUUCUGUGAAAGUAAAUGCAAACUGUAGAGUGUAUAUAUUGUGUUGUUAUACGAGGUCCAUGGAUGGUACACUGUUCCAGGGCUUAUGCCAGAGCAAACUUCAGCUGUUAAAUCCUGAAAGAUACCUCGAAGCACAAUUUCCUCACCUACUGAUUUGCCAUAUUAUUUACCACAUUCUUUCCUGUCUUCUUUUAUGUGCAGUCUGAUCAUAUUAAAGCCUGAUUACAAUAGUAAUUUUGUGAGGAUAAAUAAGGGGUUUUCCACAUCUCAGUUCAUUUAACCAUUAACUUAUUUUUGAAUGUCUACAGUUUUUCCAGAGAGAUCUAUAAGUUUAAAGGCCUAUCCAAAAUUUUAAAACUUACAAGUCUGGGGUUUUUUUAGGCUUUGCUUUCUUUUUGCUAAUGGUUUACGGUGCCUUUCUUGCCUUUCACACAAAGCCUCCCACUGGCCUAAGCGUAAACCCGCACCUAGGUUCAGUUAAGGAGCAAGAGAGAGGACACACAGCAACUGUGUGUCAGUAACGGAAUUCCCCUCCCCUCCUUGACAAGAUCAAUUAAUCGAGGCAUCAUUAAUUGGACUCCACUCUUCCACCUUCACCUGCACGAGCAGGUGGCUGCACCCCCGUUGAGCCCAGGAGGCAUCGAUGGGAGAACUGAGCCCUGGCCCUGCCGGUACGGGUUCCGUACACAAACAGGCGUCGGGCUUUGCCGAUCAUUUAUCUCACGGAAACUUGGUAUUUUUGCCUUAAAUGACAUGCUUGAGUCCUUCUAAUUUUAAGUUAAUUUAUUUAAUACAAUUUUAUGCACAAAAGAAUGAGUUCUAUAAGUUAUGUAUGAAAAUUUUAAUGUCUUUACAAAGUACUAAUAAAUCCAAAAGAUCGUAUCUUUUCAAAUUAUGGUUUAAAAUCCUAAUUUUUUUCUUUUAUGCUCACCGUUAUUAUUUUUGUAGCUGCAAGUCUUAUCAUAUAGGAAUUUUUUAACAUAAUAUUGAUAGAGAAUAGAAAAAAUAGUGAAUAUAUGAAACUCUGGAGAGGAAGAAUUGUUUGUUUGGGGUUUUAUAAGCUUUGCUCAUAUUUCCUUAUUAGGCGUUUCCUAUUUCUAUGCUCUCUCUCUUUAAAAGACAGUGUCAUGAUUGACAGUCAUUCAUUAGUUUCACGAAAGAAGGAGCUGUCUGGCUUUUCAAGUCUUGUCCUGAGCUGCUUAUUAAAGUCCAGCUCAUGACAGCGAAUAAGAAUUGUUCAUGAGUAGGGACAAGGGACAAUUUUUUUCUAAUUUACAAUCCACUUGAGGAUUGUUGAAGAGAGAAUUUGACCUUAAGUAAGAGCUUCAGGAACUAAGCCUUAUCCGAAUAACUGUUUUCUGAUCAGCUUGUUUCUUGUACCUGAUUGAAGAGAGAACUGAAAGGAAUAGUUUUGAUUAUUAUUAUUAUUUGUUUAAAAAUUUGUAUUUGGUCCUGGCUUAUAUGAUCUAUACUUUUUAUUUAAAUAUUAAUAUAGUGUUUUAGCCUAGGGUUCAAGAUUGCAAAGAUCAUACACUUUCAUUCACAGUGCCCACAGUUGUUCCAUGUUUUUGAGAUAAUCCUACUUAGAGUGACUGCUCUCAUUCUAGUAUGGUGAUGAGUAAUUCACCUGCUCUUCUGUGAUGAGUCAAAUCAUACUGAAUUGCUGACGUAUAGUAGAACAUCUGAUGUACAGCAGUAUUUCUGGAUUGGGACCUGCAAUCCUUACUCAAGCAAAAAUUCUAUGGAAUUCAUUCAUUCUGUGGAAUUCAGGAUUUUUUCUUGAAUCGGGAGCUCAGAUUCAAAUCCUUAUUUUGUUGGGCAUCUGUUUAAAGUGAAAAUGGUAAUAUUCCAGUUAUUUCCUGAGGAAACUAAUACUUAGCUGAAUUUACCCAUGUCACAUUGACUAUAUAAAAAAUAACGCACAAAGUAUUGAUGUAAAAAGGGAAGAAGGGACAUUUUUAAAAAAGCACAGAGAAAAGAACAAUAAUCAGAAAAUAUGAGUAAGCAGGAAAAUAAAACAUAACAGCAAAUGAACGAAAAAAGUGUUUAAACACCUGAGGCUAAAUUCAUCCUUGGAUGGCUUCACUGACUUCAAUGAGUUCACUGCCCAACUGGGUGAAGUUCAGCCUCCGUUGGGAUGAUCAGGUUCAGUUCCACCCACCUUAAAGGAACUGAACCCACCUAUACCAGGAAUGAACUUGCCUCUCUGGGACAACUUUUAUCCUGACUCAUAUGUCAUGCAAUCCUUUUGGAUUCAUUAGGUUUGAAUGAAAUACAGGUCAGAAAAGAAUUUGCCCCAGAUACUUCUGCUUCACUUUUUUUUUUUUCCAAGUGUGUUAAUCAACUUAAUUCAAAUGGAUUACAACAUCACACAAAGUGCUGUCACUGUCUUAAAAAGGUUAAUUGGUUUUUGAAAUAAGAAUUGUCCCCUGCAGUGUCAGUGGAAGCAUGUAAUAUUUUCUUGUUCAUUCACCUAGAUGCAAAUGUGGCCGUUCAUUCAGCUGUGGCCACACAUAAGUCAAUUCCAGACAUAUCCAAUAUCAUCUGCUAUUGGAAGCAUUUUUUACUACUUUGAAAGAAAAAAAGCCAGUUUCCUAACAGGCUUAGAAAGCACGAAGGCUGCUUUCACUGACACUGCGAUGACAUUAGCCAGUACAUUACAAUGUUAAUUGUAACUUCUUGACAAAGUUGAAUCCAUAUUGUUGUUAAUAAAAAUGAUUUGAAAAGUACAA